AUGGCUCUGUUAUCACUGCUGCUCCCUCUGCUUUCCCUGCUCCCGGGGACCGGAGCCAACCGGCAUGCCGUGCACUGGAACAGCUCCAACUACCAGUGAGUCCGGACCGGGGGGUAACUGGGCAAAAUCAGGGACUGGAGGGGGGGGUAACUGGGCAAAAUCAGGGACUGGAGCGGAGGUAACUGGGCAAAAUCUGGGACUGGAGGGGGGUAACUGGGCAAAAUCUACUAGAGGCUGGAAGUACAGGGGGCAGAAGCACAGGACUGGGAGAGUACAGGGCAAGAAGGCUGGGACUGAAGAGGUACAGAGAGGGCAAGAAGCUGGGGACUGGAGGUACAGGGGCAAGAGCUGCAGGACUGAAGGGGUACAGGGGCAAGAUCACAGGACUGGAGGUGAGCAACAGGCAGAUGCAGGACGCUGGAGGGUGGUAACUGGGCAAGAGCGCUGGGACUGGAGGGUAGCUAGGCAAAAUCUGGGACUGGAGGGGGUACAGGGGCAAGAGCUGGGACUGGGAAAGGGGGGUGCAGGGGCAGAUCUGGGACUGGAGGGUGUGAGCUAACUGGGCAAGAUCUGGGGACUGGAGGGUGGCCAACUGGGCAAGAGCUGGGACUGGAGGGGGUAACUGGGCAAAAUCUGGGACUGGAGGGGGGUACAGGGGCAAGAGCUGGGACUGGAGGGGGGUACAGGGGCAAGAGCUGGGACUGAAGGGGGGUAUCAGGGCAAGAGAGGGUAAUAGGAGCUGUGGUUACUUUGGAGGAGGGGGUAACAGGGCAAGAGCUGUGUUUAAUGGGGGCUGCUAUGCUAGAGCUGCAUUUACAUGGAAUCACUUUGCAGAAUGUUUCUUUAUUGAGGCUGUGCUGAAAGCAGUUUGCUUAUUUUUCUAGUGAGGGCUGCUUUGAAUGAGAUUUGUAUAUUGGGGAGUAGAAUUGUAAAAGAGUUUGUGUGUUUUAUAAAGGGGUGAGCUAUUGAAAGCGGUUUGUCUGUUUUUUUUUAUAAUAUUUUUUUUGUAGGCUGCUCUGAAAUGAUUUGAUUUGAGGGGAGUGUUUUAUAGAAAACAGAGGUCUGCUGAGGGAGCUAUUGAAAGAGAUUUUAUGUGGAGCAGUGUUAAGAUUUGUUUAAAUGUAAGAAUAAAUGUGGUCCUGUUUAAAUGUGAGUGCAGAUCAGCCUGUACUGUGAUUAAUUGGAUAACUGCAGUGUAAAUUCAGUGAAUUUGCAGAGCCUUCUCUGUUUUAAAUCAAGGUUCUUAGUGCAGAACAUUGUGUGGGGGUGCUGCAGAGCAAAGUGCCUGUUUUUGCGGAGCAGACAGGUCUGGAUUUAUUUGAGUGUUUGACUACAAAGCCAGAGGCAUCAGGGCUGCACAUCAGUGUGAUUUGAAAAUGUGGAGUUAAAUGUGUCUGAGAAAUGCAAUGAGUAGUAUUUUUAUUUGUUUUUAUAGUCUGAUUUUUAACAUUUUAUUUUAGACUGAAAUUAUUAGAUCAACUGUACAAGAUGGGGUCGUUUAUUUCUGCUUCAUUGAAGUCAGCUGAGAUGUCAGAUAUAGUAAUCAUGCUGCAGUGGGCUGGUGUGUGCAAGUUGUGACAGUCACAGUGAGUUGUUCUUGUUGUGCAUUCUAGCAUAGUGACAGUAGGGGGCGCACACAUAUUUUAGUGUACUGACAGCAAGGAGCAUGCACAUGCCCUACCAUGGUGAUAGUGGGGGCACACAUGCCUAGAAUGUCAUUGAUGUGAGAGUAAGACCAAGGGUCACCAGUUGGGGGCAUAUGACCUAGAGCGUCACUCUCUUUGGGGGGAUAACAUUCGCCUCAGUGUGUCACUUUUGUGAUACAUAUGCCCUACUGCCUCGCCAGCAGAGGGGGUAUGCCUUAAAAGAAGCAUACAUACGCUGGUGUGUCAGCUAAUACCAAAAACAUAUGUCCUUGUGUGGUGAGGGGCUGUUGUAGCUAUAACAUAGAGCGCCCAUUUAAACAUGGAGGGAUGCAUAAGCUAUCUUGGUGUAAAUCAAAGUGACAUACAAGUACGCAGGAAUGAGACUGCAUAUUCAUGACUUUGCAGCGAGGGGCCCUUCGUUCUGUAUUAUUCUACACACUGAGUAUUAGUAUAACACGUCUUGUGACACCCCCAGCCGUCUGUCAGAUUAUACACCCGUGUGUUUUUCAUCGCGGCCUUAGCUGCCAUCAGAUGUUGUAAAGUUACUAGUGAAUUGGCUGUGUCGUGAGAAAUUCCUCGCCUCAUCUAAUCUGCUGGGUAGAGUACCCUGUGAAGUCAAAAUCUAGCCUUACACCGAGAUAAAUCACACAUCAGCCUGGGGCUGGCACAGAGGAAUUGUGGUUAUUAAUUAGGUAUCUGAAUUUAAUACGGGGCAUCUGCAGAACGUGUCCGGGUGCAUGUGGAACAUCUGUACUUGCACAAGCUACAUUUAUCAUUCUUCGUUUUCCGUGUAAUAAUCAGGAGUUUAACAUCCGCAGCAUGGCGGGACGUGUACCCCCCUUCCUGGGUGUCAUUAUCCUAGCAUACCGUGCAAUUCGUUUUAUUGCCAGCAUGUCCUGUAUGUAUCAAGAAUCACUUAGCCGGGUUUUUUCAUUACUGGAUUCCCUAGGGAAACGGAAUUAAAAAGGACCAGCUGUACCUCCGUGCAGAGAUGGAAUGGAAGAACAUUUACUGGGAUCUCCUUAUGUGCUUGGGGUGCUGAGAUAGCAUGCUUUGAGAGAUGCUUCAUGUCUGUUCUUGUAAAAUACUGAAUCUCUCCUGUUUUUGAUAACUACUAUAAAUUAUGUAUAAAUCUGUCACUUGUUCAGACUUGUCUUUUUGACAAUUAGCCAGAUUUAGUAUUUUUGUUAAUUUUUGUUAUGCAUAGUAACAUUCGAUACUUCUAUUUCAUAAUAAGAGGUGGUGGCAAAAUUUGGGAGAUAAAUGUGCUUCCCGUCCUUUUUAAAAAAAAAUUAAAAAAAAUUGUCCCCUUGUUUACGACUGCACCAUUUCGUGAAAUAAUGCUGUUGGCGUUCUUCUGGUGAGGAUUUUACAGUGCACCUGUUCAUAUCUUUGUAACAGGAGGAUGCUGUCGCCACAACGUUGUGUCAACACUCAGCCCACCUUCUACAGCAGGGCAAUAACACUCCCUUGUACCAUCCCUUGCGCAGGAGCCCAGUAGGCGUGCACGUAACUGUUGGUACUUCCCUUUAUGAAGGAGAUUGUAAUUUGUUCUAUGGUUCCUCCCAUUGCGCAGGAUCACACAUUACAUGGUGGCACUCCAAAGCGUAAAAUGUCUGCUUUAUACCGCCCAUUAUCUCUGGGGUCUUACUUCAAUGAACCUCUCCCGAUCAUACUUGAAUACCUUUUCCAUAUUUUACUAUUAUUUUACUUGUAGAUAUGUUUUUUUAUUAUAAUGGAAAAUUACGCAUUUUAUUUUAGACAAACUGGUAUUUUGUUAUCCUUAUUAGUAAUGCUUAUUAUUUUCUCAACCUGUAUCCUUGGAUUCUAAAAUGUCUUGUUGUGUGAUUAGAUGCACUGUUUGUCAAUUGUCCCGUCUCAGCAGUAGAGACUGGUAGAGUAUAGAAAAAGGUCCAUUGAAUAAAUCUUGUCCUCAGGGAUCUGGAUGGUAACAAUAUGUUGGCCAGAGCGGCUGGCGUGAUGCCACCAUAGCACCACUCGGGCGCAUGUGAUUGAAAGUCCGAUCCUCACAUAGCUUCUGUACGAGGACAGACAUGUGAGUUGGGGGAUGUGCAGUUUACUCUCCAUUUAAUCACUAACAGGAGAUCUGUGACUCAACCUGAUAUAGGGAUAUGAAGGGUAGAGAAUGAAGCCCAGCUUUUAGAAACCAAUAAACACAUUACAGAGAAUGUGUCUGUAAUUCUUUCAAAAUAAAAUGGAAAAACAUUUUAUUUCUCAUAAUAUAUAUUCAUUCCUUGUCACUAUUAUUUAAAAUAAAAUGUAUUUUACUGUUAAUGAGAAGGGGCAGUUUACAUAAAAAAAAAACCUUUAUGAUUUAAUUUCACCUCUAUUUUAAUAGGACAGACCAUAACAGUGCUAUUAGUGAGCAGUCUCAGUGGUGUUAGCACUUGGUGCAUGGCCCUGGUUCUGCUCCAUUUUGGGGUAAAUGUAAAGCCAUGUUGAUACCUCGUAAAAUGUCCUUUUUAUUCUACUGGAGAUAACGGGGCAAAAAAAGGCUUUCAACGCGACAAAUUUCUAUAGGAUUUUUAAGGGAGUAUUUUAACGUUGCUGUGUGGCUGAGCACUGGAUAUAAGACCUGCAGGGAAACAAGGGAUCGAUGUGUCAGGAGUAAAUCUCGGCACAGACAGGUUAUUUCCUAGGAGAGCGCAGAUCUCGGCAAGCUCAUUUUCCAGGGUUUCUUCUAUGGAGAUAUUUGAUUUGGGGUUUCACAAAGCCAAAGCGGUGUUCCUGUCUAGAGGAAAGAAUUGUUUUAUUCGCCAUUCUUCAUAAUGUACACACUCCAUACUCUGAGAGGCUGGUGGGAUCUAUGCGUUUUGUCAUCAACAUAUUCAAGCAGAUACUGGGUGUAAGGAAAAUUGAUUGAAGGGAGAAAUCCACUUACAAUUUUUUUUUUUUUUUUUAAUCUGAGAUGGUUAAUAAAAAAACCAAAAAAAAAACCAAACUGACCAAAAAUGAAAAAUAACAUUUGGCCCUUAUAGUGCGCGACAUUCCUAACCUUAUCCUGCCCAAGACUUACAUUUUACAUCAGUAACAAUUCUGCUCAGAUUUUUCUUAUUGCAAGGGUAGUUUAUUGUAACAUAACUUAUACUGUGUUAGAAGAGCACUGUGGGACUAUUUCUCCAGUAUGAUGCCAUAUAGUUUAUGUCUAAUUGUAUUAUCAGUGCUGUGUUUUAUUCAUGUGUAACUUCAUACACGAGUUUUAUUUUAUUUAUACAGCCGAGUAAAGUCUAACUUUAUAUACUACCGAGUACUACAUCCGAGUAAUAUGUAACUCUAUACGCUACCUGUACUCUGUGUAACUAUUAAUCUAUCAGAUUUAAUAUUGGAAUGUUGUAAUUUUACUAAUACAGCAGAGUAAUGUGUAAUUUUAUAUACUGAUCAUACCUGGUGAUUUUUUAUUUUUUUUCAUAGAAUGUACCCCUAAACAGUAUAAGCCACGCACUUUGUAACUUUAUUUAUAAAGCAAUGUAAUGCUUUAAUCAGGGCAGACAGCGCCCAGUGUAACUUUAAUUAUACAGGGACAGCUGUGCGCAGUGUAACUUUAUUUAUACGGCAUAAUAAAAUGUAAUUAUUAUUAUUAUUGGUACUUAUAUAGCGCCAGUUUAUUCUGCAGUGCUUUACACUAUUAUGGAGGUGGGAAAUUUAACAAUAAAUGGGACAAUUAUAAAAUGAUACAGGAACAAUCAGUAGAUGUGGACGCUGCUCAGAUAAACAUACAGUCUAUUGGUAGUUUUGGUUUUAUGACAUCAUAUCGGGUGUAUUUUUUUUUUUUUUUUUAUCAUUUCUUUACAGCAGGAUCACAUGUAACUGUGGAGCCAGAAGUAAAUAAUAGGCACCCAGUUUAUAUUUGCCAAAUGUGCAAGAAGUCUUGUUUGCAAAUAUUUAGUGAUUUCCAGAUUUCUGAUUGCUACUUUUGCAAUUUUGUUUGAUCACACAAGCACCCAAGUUUGCUUAGAUUGUUAUAUAAAAUCUGCGUUUGAAUUUACUGCUACAUAUUAUUGUAAUAUUCUAUCUACUUGUAGAAUGUGUAACUUUUUUUUCACGCUGCAUAUUGUGUAGUUGUAUACGGCAGGUUGCUGUCUAACUCUCUUUAGACAGUGAUGACACCUGCAGGAAUAUCUGUAUAUGAAGAUUACUGCAUGUAAUGUAUACAGCGAUGGAUGUGUGUAGUAACUCGGCGUUGUGCUGUGUAAUAUCUACAUAGAAAGAUUUGUGUACGUUUACUCGGACAGCUGCUUUUAGUUGUGCAACCGUGUAUAGCGUAUAGUGAGAGUAUUCGUGGAAAAGACUGCUGUAACAUUAAACAGAGAUGUGUCUCGCUCUACUUCAUUUUAUACAUGUUGUGUAGCGUAAUACCUAUACAGAUACUCCUGUACAUGCAGAGUACAUUCACAGACAGGGCUGCUUGUAGGCUGCCUUUAUGCAGAAACUGCAUGGCGCAAUACAUUUAUACGUACACAGCUGUGUGUAUUGUAACUUUAUACUGAGAUUGGCUCUAGCUGAAUGUUGUGCAAAGUACUGUCUUGCAGAGCAAUUUAACUUACAGUGCAUUGAAAGCUAUGCCUAGAAUUUUAUCUUCUGUACAGAGAGGGAUGGAUGUAGCAAUAUUAAUGCUGAAACCGCUUCACCAUGUACAGCUAUAUAUAGCGGUGGUUGUAUGUCAUAUACAUUUAUUUAUAUAGCAGUGCCUCUGUUUAGUAAACUUAAUGUAUAAAGUAGUAGCUGAAUGUAGUAUAACUUUAUACAGCAACUGGUGCGUGUGGUAUAACUUUAAUUCUCUAGCAGUGGCUAUGUGUAAUAUGACUUUAUGCCAUUCAGAUGGUUGUAGUAUAAAUUUUUUUUCCAUGGGUGGCUCCAUGUUUUAUAACUCUAUACACAAGAUGGGAGCGAAUAUAACUUGAUCUGAGCAGUGGCGACUGAGUGUCUAAAUCUAUGGAGAGGUUGUUGCAUGUAGUAUAACUUUAUUUAUACAAUGGUGACUGAGUGUAUAAAUCUAUGGAGAGGUCGUUGCAUGUAGUAUAACUUUAUUUAUACAAUGGUGACUGAGUGUAUAAAUCUAUGGAGAGGUAGUUGCAUGUAGUAUAACUUUAUUUAUACAAUGGUGGCUGUGUUGUAUAAAUCUAUGGAGAGGUUGUUGCAUGUAGUAUAACUUUAUUUAUACAAUGGUGGCUGUAUGUAAGACAGACACUGAUGCAUGAACCAUAAAUUAAUGGUCACAGACUGAUACAUGGUGUAAUUCGUGUAACGAUUGGCGCUUGCAGUGUAAUUACUAUUUAUACGGCUACAAUUGCAUGUAGUGUAGAUUUAUUGUUGUAGAAAAGGCUGCGUUUUGUUUGUGAGAUGUAAAUGUCCAUUAUCAGAUGUGUCAGUUAUUGUGUCUGAGUGCAGUGUGUUCUGUUUCUGUCCAUUUCAUUUCUUGCCAACGGUGUUUGAAGAGCCCCAGGAGUAAGGCUGUGGAGUGUGUCACUGCGGGCACAAAACCUUAAUAUAGACCGCUUCCCUGGGUCCUCAGAUAUAAUUUGUUUUUGAUCCUGGGGGCUGCUGCCUAGCUUUUGGACACUCUUCUGUUGCCACCUGGAGGAUUUAGUCUGGUUCUGUUACCCAACGCCUAUUUUCUUGUGAUGGUCACCUAUUUGUUAACGGAACGUUAAUUAAGUCUUAGGCUGUACAGAGAGAGAGGUCAGAGGGACCUGUGACUGCUAGAAGUCUUUUAUCGGGUAUAUAGAUAACACGUGUGUCUUUAUAAUUACUCAUUUACAGUUUUUUUCCCCUUGGGCUGAUCCAGUCAAUGUGUGUGAUUAUCCUGUCCUCAUGGUGAUGGGCCUAUUCCUUCUGGCCAAGAUAUCUUCUUCCCUGUGAUGUUAUUUAGUCAGAGUAAUUCACUGGCCAGGUUGUGACCUGAGACCAGCUGGAGCCUGUCCUGUGACUAUAGGCCCCUUGGGGGUAAAGACAGAAACACAGUUGUCUCUAGCAUGGGUCUGGCCUUCCAUAGUAUUUCAGAAUUACUUGGGGUUAUUCUUUAAACUGGGAACUAGAAGGAUUUUGACAUUCAUGUUUUAUUCCUUUUUAUUUUUCAUACAGAAAACAAUACACAAUAGUACAUUUUCCAAUACUAAUACUGUAUAUUAAUACAUUCAGAAAAACUUAAAACAAAAUAUCUCCCCUCCAGUCCUCUCCUUCUACACCACCUAUUAUCUAUAAACUGUUAUCCAACACGUCCGUUGUUUUUAUAUUUUAAUUUGUUUAUUAUAGAAAUGAACUGCUACUUAAGGCAAUAUCUAAGUUAGUUAGGAGAAUUUGACAAUGGGUUUGUUAAUGUUGAGCCAAAUUUCUUCUCUCACCUACUUUCCAGGCUGGAUUUAUUGGCUUCAAAAUUGCAGUUUCACUGUUAUUCCUCCAUAAUUCACACUUUAAUGAGAAACCCUACAUUGUAUCUUGUUCAAAUGUUAUUGGUGUAAUAGUGGAAAAGGGCAUGGGUGUGUGUUUUGUUUUUGUUUUUUCUUUUUUUUUUCUCCUUUAUUUUUUUUCGUGUGUAUGUGUGGAAUAUUAUUUAUAUAGCGCCAUCAGAUUCCGUAGCGCUGUACAACGGGAUACAAAUAUUAUUCUUGAUGAAGACACCAACCUUAAAAGGCUCAAACCACAGCAAUCUUUUUUUACAUUUUUUUUUCUAUUUAAUCCUGAACACUCACCCCUCUAGUAAAGAAAGUGGUUCUUGUACUCUCCUAACAGUUUGUUGCCUCCCUAGAAAUAUUUGUCUAGCUAGUAUUUCAGUCAGCGUUCGUUUCAAUCAUUCAUUUGAAUCCAGGAGGGGCUAAUAUGUAGAUUAGAUUGGACAUAUUAGCCACAUUUGCAACCGGCAUUGACUCUAGACUGUAAUCUCAUUUGGGCAGGGUCCUCAUCUACCUAUUGUUCCUGCAUCAUUUUGUAAAUGUCUCAUUUAUUGUAAAAUUUUGUCCUUUCAUAGUAUUGGCGCUGCGGAAUAAUUUGGCGCUAUAUAAAUACCAAUAAUAAUAUUAAGUAGGAGUCAUGGGGGAUGGGCGUUGGAGUCAUGCACCAGUAUGUUCUAGCUGAUCCUUACUUGCUUUGUGUUCUGAAAGUGCAAGGGGGGGCUGGAUCAUUUGGUCUAAGGGGGUAACUACAAAUAAUUAACUCAGUUAGCAACUCUUUACUGAUCAUCAUAGUGCCAGUCACUUCUCAUUGUUGUUCACAUCCUGUGCAUUCUCAACAGGGUAUUUGGGAUUCCUGGAUCUGCAUCAAUCUGACCAUAGGCUCUGAAAACAAUUAUUUGAGAAUUGGUGGCAUUAACAUUCACUGGGUACUGAGUGUUCUCCAGCAAUCGUAUAAUUGAAUGGUCCUGGUGUCAGUGGUAAAAUCGGUAUUCUCUUCUUCCAGGCAAUGAAUGCAUUCCUUAUAUAAAUAAAUAGGAGUACACAUUUUGGUUCAAAGCACAUUCCCAUGUAGCCCUGCUGGUUUGUACACGCAUUAUUUGAAUACAUUUUGAGGCUUGCACAGCUAUCGGUUGUAAACGCACGCUCUCCUGUCGCUGGGUGCACGCGUUAUUAAGAUAAUGGAAAGCUUGCACAGCUCUCAGUAGUAGGCGCACGCUCUCCUGUCGCUGUCUACACGCGUUAUUUAGAUAAAUGUGAAGCUCGCACAGCUCUCAGAAGUAAAAGCACGCUUUGUGGUCUCUCUGAAGCAGCUGUGCCUGUUCCCAGUUACUAUCCAUCUCCUGGCUUGUGAUCUAGUUCUGCGGCUGUUAUAUAUAAUUGUGUCACUGGGGACAGGGUGAAGCCGGAGAUAAGAGCCUCGGUUAAACCGUGAAGGGGCUCCUGGAGUCACCAGGGAAAGAGCUCAGCCAUGGAAAGGUGCACGUGGUGUCCUCUGACACUGCCUUUCUAAUGCAAACAAGUAUUUAUAAUUCACUAAACCUGAGCGAACUCGGCUGGAAGUGUACAUAUUAAUAUUUACAUCUCUUAAAGGUUGAGUGAGCUCAAUAUAUGAUGAUAUUUUAUGUAUGCUGUAAUAGUUAAUACCUGUAGGUAAGAAUGGCUCGCACAGUAAAGGCAUGUAAGAAUGCUUGGUAUGUGUAUAUGGCUAUUCUGUAGCUUUUUAAUAACUAGAUGGGCCAAUUUUGUUCUAUCAGAAGCCGUUUUUCUGAUUUACUGCGCCGUUUAUAUCUAUGGAAUGCUGUUCUUCAGAAUUUCAUGCACGUUUCUUGGAUCCAGAUAACCUGUACCACUUGUCACCCACCACUUGCCCUCACUGUACAUGUAACACAGUGUCCAUGACACCCAUAUAACACUUUGCAUUCGUGUGGAUUAAUAGCAGUAAUAAGUACGCCCAUAAGACACGCAUAGCUCCCACGUCAGACCCAAUCGUUUCCAGCACCCACACCCAGUAUAUGUAAGAGCACCCCAUUGCACCCAAAAUGUAUGUAAAACCUACAAUAAAUCUAUUAUGCAUAGAGCCCAUUUCUCGAUAAUUUCCCCUGUCACUCAUUCAAUAGCAUCUAGCACACACAAUAUGCAUGCCUGAUCCGGUCAGUGUCCCAUGGCUGGGAGCCUCGUUGUGCAUUAUUGUUGGCCACCAGAUACUGCGUUAUUGGAGGGGAGAAUCCACGUAGACCUUGAGGUAGUGGAGGUGCUAACAACUGCAGUCUCAUGGUAAUCUGUAAUCUAUGGUCCACAUCAGUGUAUACAAUGUAUAUAGCAACUUUUACUUUAUAUAAGAUACACUAAUCAUGCAGACCAAAGGGAUAUGAAUAACCUGUAGGAAGAGGAAGCAGUGCAGAUUGGAUUAGAUUAAUUUCAUUUAACAAUGUUUUUAGAGUGCAAUGUUUGGAGGGUUCAAACUUGACAUUGGCUUAAUGGUAGGAAGGUGACACGGGAGAGAACGUUUAGUUUAAAUACAAUCGUGAAACACAGCAGACGUCUGUUUUUGGGUAUAGGAUGCUGCUGCAUGGUUGGCUAGUAAGGAUAAAACCUAAAUAGUGUUUUUUGAGCCAAGUUUGUAAGGCAGUUUUUUUAAAGUACUAUGUUUCUGUAUGAGAUCCCAUGAUGGGGAUUUUGAUAGGCUACACUCUAUUAGAGUAAUGUAGUCUGUAAAAAUAUAUUAAAGAGAUAGUUACUGUAUCAUUAAAGGGACAGUGUACUCACUAUAACAAUUUUUUCUCAUUGAAUUGGUUAUAGUGGCUGGAGUCCCCUGAUUCUAUCCUUCCAUUUAUUGUUAAGCCAUUUAACACUAAAUAAGGGUCCCUGGCUCAUACUGGGGGUAUGACUGAGGAAGAGAUUAAACACUUGCUUUUAGCCAUACUCCGUCAUACCAGCAAUGGGCGUUCUGAUAGGCUGCGCCUGCAAGAGGUCAGCUGACACUCCCAUUCAGUCACAGCCACCAGUUGCUGCUCAGGCUAAUGAUUUUAUUUUGCAUUAAAAACAGUUUAACACUGGUGGGGUGGGGGGGUUCGUUCCAUGGCCAGGUGUUAGUCUAUGCGUAUGUAGAUGGAUCUACCGUGGCCUGGGGUUGUUCUCUGUGUAAAUGGAUGCAUGUACCAGGGCCUGGAGUAGCCCUGUGUGGAUGAAGUUGGGAGUACCAUGGCAGCCUGGAAUUACUGCGUGAGUGUUUGUGACUGGGCUGUGCAGACACACGUGGGUAUGUGACUGUUGUAUAAUGAUCUUUAAUUGUAGAAUUUUCAAUAUCAUUAAGAAUGAGCCUGUAGUGCAAAGAGAUUUUAUAGAAAAUAUGUUUUGCGGUAAUGUAAAGUAGAAGUCGUACAAUAAGGAUAAAAUAUUCUAUUCCAUUUAGGGGAUUGGUAGACCUUGUUGGAGGCCAUAUUCCUUACUGGAUCCAUCAUAUCCUUAUUGUGUAAAAUUCUGGUUUAGGAGUUACUGAGUGAUGGGAACUGGCAUCCUAGUUCCAUCACGUGACAGUGCUUCCUGUCCGGCGGGCUGUGUUCAUUCGCCUUGAAGAGAGCAUGAUUUGUCUGUGAAAACAGCCUGUCCUCACAGAUUCCCACGCAGAUUGCCACUGCCCCCAGAGACCUAAAGGGUGGGAACCGAGACGGAUUUAGGUAAAUUGCUCGGCAUGGGGUACAUUAGCACAAGAUCCUACCUCUCAAUAGAGAAAUUUCAUGCCCUCCAGAGGAAUUGUGGGAUUCAGUGUUGGUGUUCGGGAAGGUUAGUUUUGAAUGUUACCCAGUUAAGCAAAGUGGAAGAAAAAUUCUUACAGAAUCCUGUGCAGAAUGAGGUGGGAACACCUCCUGGCCUCCCUGUCUCAAUAAACCCCAUUCAAGAACAGAGCUUAGUGAAACAUUAAUGAUCGGUUGGGACCUUUGUACAGCCAGCAAGUUCAGGGCUAAUAGCGGAAAGACUGCUGGAUACUUUUUGCUCCCAAAAAAGGAUUGUUUCUUAAACCUUUUCACAAGCUUGUCAGCCACCCCUGUUAACACUCACCCGGGGGAUUAGGGGCACCCUAUUAGUAUUGUCACCUAGGAGGGUAUGGGGGCUCCUCCAGGGAGCUUGAGGCCCCAAUGGUUGCAUAUAAAAUGUUCCAGUUUUUACGGUUAAAUACUUUACUCUUGAAAAUCUGCUGUGGGGUUAAUAAAUGCCAAUUUAUAGUGAUAAACAUUGAAUAAGUAAUUUGUAAAGAGAGGGAGAAGUUUGAUCGAGAGUCUUCUAGCUAUCGUUUCUUUAUUACCAAAACAAUAAUAAACUUGAGCCACAAAUAAAAUUAUUCUCCAAUUGAAGACUUCUUAUAGUCAGAUCACUGGUAGAAAUGAUUUAAAUGGGUAUUUUCAGCCUAGAAUAUACAUAUUUAUAAAUUGCUGUGGAGUGGUUAUUUACUAAAAAGUGCAUUUCAAAUAUUUAGACCAUGGCAGCAGAACCUGCAACAUUUUUUCAGGCAGGGUGUUUUUAUAAUUAUUUAUAAAGUUCCAAUAUAUUCCGCUGUGUAGUGAUAUUUUGGGCUAAAAUUUGUGUUUCAGUCCGUACCAAAUUCUGUGAAUAAUUAGGACACGUUAUUCACUAAACUUUGAAUUGAAAUCCAGGUGGAAACAUUUAAGCAAACAUACCUGGUUUGGAUUAAUUCUCAAACACUGCUGAUCAAAUUUUAGCCAUUCGGCUUUUAAUUCACUACCAUUUUAGUGAAAUCAAAUAACUGUGAUAGUUUAUCUGUUGAAUAAAAUCUCAUUCAGUUAGAAAGGUGUUUUUCUAUUUUGGAUAUAUUACAGCUGGUAAAUAUGACUCUCUGCCAAUCAGAUUGUACUUUUCCAGUUCAGAGUUUAGACGUAAUACAUUCUUACCUCUAUCAUUUUUACGCUUCUAGAAUUGUAGAAGUCCUUUAAAUGUUGUAGCUCUAAACACCUGUUGUAGAGAUGAGGGGAAUGCACACUUUUUAAAAAAAAAAUGUUUGUUCUGAUGUAAAAUCUUGUGAGAUUGUAUUAUUCCGUCUUUAUAAUUAUUGAAAAAUUCAGUAGGCCUGUGAGGCUCUGCCCGCCCCGCAGCCAUGUUAAUCUGCCAUGACCUAGAUAUUCGCAGAGUGCCGCGAUCCACAAGACUCUCCCAGCAGGAUCCAUGAGUUUAUGAAACUAAAAUUGAAAGGAAGGUUUUAUUUUGGGGUGCGUCCUAAAUCUAUUCUUUGCUCCAGCGUAAAAUCGUACUCCGUUAAUCCGGCGUCCUGUGAAAAUAAUGAUGCGGGAAGGGGGAGGCGAUCCUUUCUGUUCAGCUGAAGUUAUCAGUCACUGGCUGCUUUCAGCCCCUUUCUUCCAGCUUCAAGGCAAGAUGGGCUUUUAUUAUCAUUUCCCUUUAAAUGACUGCACAUCAAGAACACUCUUAAAAAGGCCCUUCAGACUGGUCCAUUCAUUGCGCUCGGCGUUCCUGGAAUUCAAAACAUCUGUGUAUCAAAAGAGAGCAAUUUAUCCCCUCUGGUGCUUUGUGUUCAUUUUGGACGAGUUGGAGUUACCAUAUAAUGGCAAAGAAUACAAGCUUACCUUAAUAAUAGCCUAUGACGGAGCAUUGUAGAAUUUGUUUUAUAUACUUGGUAAUUUAUUUAUUUUUUCCCCCCUCUAAAUACAUAUAAACACUUCAGUUGCUGCUUUGUUAGGUACAGUUACCAAGUACUAGUAGGGGGGCCCCUUUUACCUCCAAAGUAGCAAUUCUUCAUAGCAUGGACUUAACAAGGUUCUGGGAAGAUUCUUUAGGGAUUUUAGUUCUCCCAGAUUUUUCAAUUAUAGGGACACUCUACUGCCCAAAUGCAAAGUAAAUAAAAACACUGUUUAGUAGAUGUACCCCAAAUAAAAAAUGCAUGCAUUUAAUUAUGCAUUUUCUCAUUGGGGGGAUAACUAAAACCAGCCUGCAAUACCUGCAGAUUUUUUUUUAUGAAGCCUUUAAAAACCCUCCCCUUCUAGCACCGUCCAGGCUUUCUGUGGCUGCCCAAUCACAGAUUUCCAAAUGCAACUCCAAUGAGAAGUCUUUGCAAGGCAGAUGCUCUGAGCAAUUACUACCUCUCGAGUUUAGCUCCACUGAGCUAGCAGAACCUAGUGCCUGCUUGAAGGCCAAGGGGGUGUAACCAGGUUACUUUAUAAAAGUGUCAAUUUCGAUUGAAAUCUGCACUUUCUGCAAAAUUUUAAAAAAAUUACACCUUCUUCACACACAAAGCUAUUCUGCAAUCUAAAGUGCUUCAGGGAUCUGGAGUGUCCCUUUAACUGUUCUUCCAGAGUAUUGGUAAAUACAACAAUGCCAAUUUUUACAUUUUAAAUUUAUUUUUCAUGCCCCACAAACACAUAUAUUUAAGUAUGGGGAAUAAGUCAACCUGAUAUUGAUUAGCACUUACAUUUUUUUUUCCAUUUAGGAGAGAGAUCUCUUCCCCAUGUAAAUUUAUAUGUGACCGCCCAUGAAGUACUCCCUGCAUGGUGUCAAUGUUCACUGCUUGCUAGUAUCUGAAUAGCCGAUUUUAUAGACUCUAUGCAAAGUUUAAACUGCUGGUUCCGUGCUUUGUUAUUUAAUCCUUGCAGAGCAAAAAACAUCAUACAGCCCUACUCACUACCAGGACAAAGAUUUUUUCCUACCUGGCACUGCCUGGUAAGCGGGAGACAAAGAAGGGAGCACCACUUGCAAAUCGUUCUGAAGAUCCUCAUAGUCAGAGAGGAGGUCCUUGCACACUCACCAGGGCUGAAUUUCCACUUGCCACUGUCUAGUAGGCAAGUGAAAGCUCCGCUGGAAGGUUAACAACUUUCUUAUACAGUAUAUCUCUAGUGUAUGCAGUAAAAAUAGGAGGAGUGCAUUUUACCCCAUUUUUUUUCUAUUUUAAAUCUGUGUACGUGCUGGAAUUUGGAGCAAACCAGUCACUGUUGUGUACACGAAGAAGCGAAUUGAGUUGACACAUGCAUUUAUUUUAAAGUUGAGUAGAUGGUGGCUGUAAAGCAAUGCUUACACUCUGCAACAACAACAACUGGUUUUCACUCACAUGGUACUCGGUUGUUUUCACAGAACCCCGUGCAUUCCGAGAAAACUCCCCAGCCCAAUACUCACCACCAGCAGCCCGUACUGCUGACACAAGGCAGGGUGAAUAAAUGGGAUUCAUUUCCGCCAAAUUCCAUCACAGCAGAAGUCAAGAUUUGCUGUCUACCUGAUAUUUCUUAGGUUUUUUUUUUUUUUUGGCAUUGUGCAUCUUCAUAAAAGUUACUAGUAAUAAGCUUGAACUUCUGAAAAAGGUCUUAAGCUUUAUUACUGUACACCAUACACCCCCCAUACAGUGUACAGAGCAAUAGACACACAGCACUAUCUCUCUGACUGACUGAAGCACCUGGUUCUAUUUCUGUCUCUGCGUCUGUACCGUUUGAAUAAAGAUGUCAGAAUGGCCAUUAUAUAUAAGAACCAACAGGGCACAAACUGAAAUGUUUACUUCUAUCAUUAUGGUUUUUGUGCAGUACAGAUAACUCCUCGUACAGGGCAUUGCAGAGCUGCAAUGUACUAUAGCCAAAAUGCCUACUAUAAAGCAAAAUUCAAUAACCAUAAUUAAAUACAAUUUCUAUACUGAGUGGCACAGCUGUCUCACAAGUAUAUAUUUUUUUUUUCUUCGUCCUAUAAUUUAUUCAGAAUUUGUCUAUUGUACUUUUUUAGCUGAAGGGCUAUGCACCUCCAUCACUGAGCUUUAGUUGAAAAGAAGAGAUUGAGGAUACGUUUUUUCUUAAAGGGCAACUGUCACUUCCCUGGGUUUUUAGUAGGUUUACUUAUUCUCUUCAUUUAACAAAGAUGUUUGGGACAUGUGAAAAAUAAAAUGAUUUUUAGAAAUCCACAUCAACGGGGUGCCCCCAUCUUAGCCACCUGUCAGCCAUUGUUAUAAGCCCUUUCCUUUGCACUUGGCAGUCAACACCAAGAAGGCAUACUUAAAUCUGUAAUAUAAAUUUUAAAAGAAAAUGAUUGAAAGGUGAAAGUAUUGACUUUCUGCAGAAUCGGAAAUCUUUUCAUUGCAGGGUUAAAUUCCCUUUAGUGGCUGUCAUACUGACCGUUUCAAUCAUAGAGACCCUCUACUUGGCAUGUGCUCUUUACUAUGGGAAAGCAUUGGAUUGGCUGAGAUCAUCUCGAUGAACUCGGCCAAAGAGGCGGAGCUGUAGGUCGGAGACCAGCGCUAUGAGUUGAAAAAGUAAAUAAAUAUACUCACCAUUUUAACCCUUGUACUAGUGGGCCCACUCACAAAAACGGUGACUAGGGCACUAUAGCAUUAGGAAAACACAUUUAUAUUCUUAAAGCUAUAGUGUUUCUAUAAUGAAAUCAAAGGAACUCCUACAAAAAACACCUGUGCAAGUGCUCUGCAUAUGUGCUAUUCCUUGUUGACCAGACGACUGUCACUGAUGUGCAUGCUCAGAUAUUCCACUUUGUGUGAUGGUAAAACUCUCAGCAUGCCAAGAACACACCACUGACAUGCCUAUUCUGCAGUCUCACCCCCUACUGCCCAAAUCCGUGUAUAAUUAGGUUUGCUAUAUUAUACCUCCUCUAGAAAUUCAGUCAUUUAAUGAGUUUAUAAUCUAAAUUGUUAAGAAUUUUAUAUACCAAAUUUUAAAAAAAAAUUAAAAAAAAAUACUGGUUAAAAUAGGGAGGGAGACACGGAAGUAGCAACACUUGAGGGAAGAAAGACCAAAAGUUCUGUUUUGGACAGGUUGAGUUCAAGGAAGUGAGCAGCCAUCCAGUUGGAAAUCGUGGAGAGGCAGUCAGAGACACAAGUCAAUAUUGGCGGGGAGAGAUCAGGAGAGGACAGGUAGAUUUGUGUGUCAUCUGCAUAUAAAUGAUAAUGGAAGCCAAAGGAGCUGAUGAGUUUACCAAGGGAGGCAGUAUAGAUGGAGAACAGUAGGGGACCAAGGACAGCACCUUGGGGAACGCCAACCGAGAAGUGUUGGGGAGAAGAGGCAGAGAAAUAAACACUGAAAAAGCUCUGGGAGAGGUAGGAGGAGCACCAAGAGAGAGCAGUAUCUCGUAGACCGAGAUUCCGGAGAAUGAGAAGAAGCAGUUGAUGAUCAACAGUGUCAAAGGCAGCAGAAAGAUCAAGGAGAAUUAGGAUAGAGUAAUGGCCGCAAGGUUUAGCAGCGAUUAAAUCGUUGGAUACUUUGGUCACAGCUGUUUCAACAGAGUGACGAGCGUGGAAUCCAGACUGAAGCGAGUCAAGCAGAGAGUUGGAUUCGAGAAAGUCUGUCAAUCUCACAUACACAACUCUCUCAAGGAUCUUGGAAGCAAACGGCAGUAGUGAUAUUGGGGAGUUGGGGACAAGGUUGGGCUUUUUCAGAAUUGGGGUUACAGUUGCAUGCUUAAAGGGUGAAAGAAAUGUGCCAGAGGAAAGGGAGAAAUUGAAAAUUUUAAUGAGAGGGAGACAAGGUGCGGAUGAGAUAUGAGUGAAUAGGAUCGAGGGAAUAGGUGGUGGGACCGGAGCAGAGCAGAAACAUCUUCCGCUGUAGAAGGUGCGAAUGAGCAUAGAACAGUGGAGUGAGUGGGGUUGGGUGAUGUAUUGGAAGGGGAGGUAUAGAGGUUAGAGAUCUCUUCCCUGAUUGUUGAGUCCUACACCAGUUAGUAGCAUGAACAAAAUACUCCACCACAGUAUCACAUGGUAAAAGGUACAAGUUAUAAGGUAUGAUCAAUGUUGUAUUGAAUGUUGCAAUUUCCAGAAAAGUGACAGUUAUCCUAUAAAAGCAGAAUAUGCAUUUAUUCAUUUUGUAGGCAGCACUAAGCACACUAUCCAUAAACUCCCUGGGAGUUCAUAGCGAUGGCGUUUCUAGAGAUUGCAAAACAUUUGAGCUGUUGGGCUGAAACACAGCUCUCUGAAGGUUUUUCUACAGCAAGCCUAGUAUGAUCAUUUAUUGAUGUAGCAAUUCCACUGUACUGGCAACAUUGAGUAUGGUGGGGGUGGUGGGGGGUAGACAAAGCUGAAAAUAACAAACUAAUAUUAUUAUAAUUAUUUUUACAAGUCCUGCCUGCAAUCCAAGAAGAUGAAUGGGCAGUGUGAUUGAAGAGGUGCUGGGGAACCUCUCAUAUUAUUGUAUGGGUGAGGCUGGGUUAAUGGAACAGGGUCUCAGAUUGCUCUCAUUUCUCCAGCUGUUUGCCUAGAAUACAAAUGACCUCUCAGCUAAUUCUUCGUGCGUCCCGUUGGUUAAUACAGGCGCUGAGUAAUUAUUCCUGCUGCUGGGUCUUUCAGCACUUCUCUGAUUGAUAAAUCGAUCCAUGUACUCUUGCAAUGGGGGAGGUUGAGAGGACAGUAAGUGUGAAUGAGGAGCAGUGCUGAGGCCAAGUUCAGAUCUGGAUCGUGUUGGGAAGAAGAAAUGUAUCGAUGUAUCUCCUUUUAUCUACCAAACUGGUUUAUCAUCUGAUGUGGAUCUGGGGCAAAGUCAGACUAAGCAGAUCUGAGGAAAUGGGUCUCUUGUGCUGGGUAAUAGGAAAGAGCAUACUGGUAUUUAUGGUUGGGAGACAUGUACUGUUGGGGGACCAGUCAUACUUUUUGCACGCUUGGGUUGUGGUGAAUUGGGUAGCCUAAACUCCACUUGUACACAUUUCUAAUGGAAAGAAGCCAUUCGUUGGCAUGGUAUGCUCCUGGUGGAUGGAUAGCUUCCUGUUCUGAUCAUUCUCCUUGCAGUAUAUACAGUUCUAGUGGUAAUUGUUCCAUGGGUAUAGUCUUUUUUGCGUUCUCAUCUCUCUCCUGCACUCCCACUGGGCUCAUGUUACUGAAUAUUUGCACUCAAGUGGUGAAAGCAGGAGAGAAGGGUUCUGUUGACUGGAUGGAGAAUUGAUCUAUCUACAGGAGUGGAUGUGUGUAGUUCCUAGGUUACGUGAAUGUUUGCCGUGGUGGUACAUUGGCUGAGAACUGGGAAGGGAGCUAUACAUUCUGUCUUCGGGGAUGACUUUGUCGCGUCCUCCACUUCAGCCGGUUAAAGAGCAUACACGAGUGUGCAAUAAUGGGGAUCUAUGGAGAAGACCAUGGGAUCCUCCUCAGAUCUCUGUGCAUAUGUGCAAUGACAAACGAUAGCUAUGUACUAUGUGUCAAGCAAGAACAUGGUGUCUUUCAACAGUCUUUGAGUGACAACGUCUUCUUGCUGCAUCUUACCAUUUCUCAAAGGUCUGCAUUUUUUUUUUUUUUUCUAUCAGUGGUCUUGAACACAACACAAAGUAUGCCCUAUUUUGCAUAAUGCAUAUCUGUUCAUUUCAUGAAAUUGAAAUACAAAAUUAUGAAUUUUUCUUGAAGUGUCUGUUUGGGGGAAAAAGUGUUUUUGUGCAGCUAGGACAUGUUUCUCUGAAGUUGAACAAUGAUAGACUUAGAUGUAACGGAUUUGCCAAAUAUCACAAUUAUCUUGGAUGGUUAUGGCUGACACUGGGGGAAAUUAAUGGUAUUCUCCUUUAAAGAUUUUGGCAUCAAUGUAAUAUUUUGGGUAAGCUUUUCAAAUGAUUUAAUAUUUUUGGAUAAACUUUUUAAAUGCUUAAAAAAAAGAGAAUGUAAAAAUCUGAAUAUUUCCAAACAUCAGACAUUCUUGUUUCUUGAUAUGUUGUGGUUUUAAAAUAGGUUUGUUUUUUUCCUUUCUAUUAGUAACAUGUUAUGGUCCUUUUUUAAGGCUCAUUAGCUUUUGUGUGAAGAUACUUUUUUGCGGGAAUCAAUUAACUACCCUUCCAUAUACAAUAUCUACAUCCGUGUGUAUUACUGUCUGAUUAUCUGUAAUAUGUUGCUUGCAAGCUCAGACGUAGAUAAAUAUUUACAGUUGUCCUAACAAAAUGUUAUCCUGGGUUUCAUGUGUAGCGCUUUGAGGUAAUAAUGGGACUGUAACAUCACAGGGGGGCUGCUAGUUAGGAGGGGGUAGCAGGCACAGAGCACUUAGAUGAGUGAGUGAAUCUCUUUAAAUCACAAAGUCGGAAAAAUCCUGUUGUUGAAAUAACUCAGCAAAGUCCUAAAGGAUUGCUCUCUAAGGCUUCAACCUAAUUAAACCUUCAAACGACACACAAGCUAUUUUUUUUUUUUUUUUUAUUAUUAUUUUUUUUUUUACCAAUUUGCAUUAAAAAAAAAAAAAAAACAACCUGACUUAAAGGGAAAAAAGGUGUAAUCUCUCUAUCAAGGAAUGAAAGUAUUGGGUGCAAAAUAAAGUAGAAAAGCGCACAAACUUUAUAAUCGUGCAAGUCAGGGUGAUUUAAAGGAAGAUGUUAAGCACCAAAUCAACCAAUUUUAGUGUACAGAUCAUGCUCCUGCAGUGUUACUGAAAAAUUAUCUGCCAUUUAGGGGAGAAAUCACGUUUGUUUCAGUUUAUGCAGCGGUAGCUACAAAUUUUUUUUCCAUUUUCAAAUCUUUCAGAUCUUAAAGCACAGUGUGUUUACUUUAGAAGUUCUAAUGGAUUUGUUCUAUUAAAGGACCACUAUAGUGCCAGGAAAACAUACUCGUUUUCCUGGCACUAUAGUGCCCUGAGGGUGCCCCCACCCUCAGGGACCCCCUCCCACCGGGCUCUGGGGAGAGGAAAGGGGUUAAAACGUACCUUUUCUCCAGCGCCGGGUGGGGAGCUCUCCUCCUCCUUUCCGCCUCCUCUCCUCCCUUUCGGCUGAAUGCGCACGCGCGGCAAGAGCUGCGUGCGCAUUCAGCCGGUAUCAUAGGAAAGCAUUUACAAUGCUUUCCUACGGACACUUGCGUGUUCUCACUGUGAUUUUCACAGUGAGAAUCACGCAAGCGCCUCUAGCGGCUGUCAAUGAGACAGCCACUAGAGGAUUUGAGGGAUGGAUUAACACAUUUUAUAAACAUAGCAGUUUCUCUGAAACUUUGUUUAUAAAAAAAAAAAUGGGUUAACCCUAGCUGGACCUGGCACCCAGACCACUUCAUUAAGCUGAAGUGGUCUGGGUGCCUAGAGUGGUCCUUUAAUUCAAUGUUAGUCACACACAGGAAGCUACUGCAAGGCUCUACCAGGCUAUUAACAGAGCAGGAGAUCAUAAUUUUUCUAAAUUCAACACUCCUUGCAAUAAAUGAAAUUUUAAAAUGUUAUGUCUCUUUACAGGAAAUGUGUAGGGACGUUGUAUUAGUCACAUGCAGAGGAGGUGUGGCUAGGGCUACAUAAACAAAGUGUUUUAACGCCUAAAUAGCAGAGAAUUGAGCAGUGAGACUGCAGGAGCAUGAUCUGUAUACAAAAACCACUUCAUAAAGCUAAAAUUGGUUUGCUGCUUACGUUGCCCCUUUAAGUACUAAAGGUCUGGUCACCUAUCAUGACAGACUGUGGACAGUCUGUGUAAGGUACUCGGGCAUCAGUGUGUUUGUUGGAAAUAAGCAAAAAAGCACUCUGUACAGUUCAAUGAAAUAUGUUAGUGCUAUUGGUCAGCAGAGUUGAUUUGUUUCCCAUAAACCCUGCAGUGCUGUUGAGAUUAGUGUGUAUUGCCGGUACAUUAUGGGAGAUGCUGGAGAUGGGGACAGUGGGAAAAGUCUGGGUCCCCCCCAAUCACUAGAUUAAAUGCAUAUUCAGUUAUAGAGAGUAGCAAAUCUAAUAGAUGAGCUUGAAAGCGUCAUGCUAGACCUGCAUCGUUCCAUUCUUUUUCUGGUACAUGAUGCUUCUGGCAUGGAUUGUUGAAAUAUCGAAGUAUACCUAUAUAUGGAUUUCUACCAAUAGUGGAAGACAUUAAGGUUACCAGCAAAACAAUAGACAAGUCUAAUAUCAGAGCCAAGAAGUCUAGAAGCUCUAUGUGUCUACAUUCAUGAGUUCAGAGAUGGCAUGUGAGUCUUUCACAUGGCAUUCAGAUGUCAGGCUCAGCUUUUAUUACAUUGUCUGUACAUCAAGUCCUCGCCAGUUAAUUAAACAUGAAAAGGUUGGCCAGGGUAGAUGGACUCUCUCAGGUAUGUCUUUGCCUUCAGGUUGAGCUGAAUAAGAGACAAUUCAUGGAUUAUUACAAAGUGCAAUUGUUGCCCAGUCUUUCUGUUUGUUGGAAACUUUCAACUGGUGGCUGUCACCCAAAAGUUUAGGCCCAGGUCUUGUAAACCCAUGCAGUGGGCAUCUUUACGAUCAUGAUUAUGGGGUGCAUUACCCUGUGCAGAUAGUCUUACAUUUCAAUGGAAUCAAGAUCUACUGAUUAGGGUCCACAAAUACAUGUUCUGUCUUUUGACAAGAAAUAUCAAAGUGUGGGAGGGAAUUACAGUUGAUUAGAAAUUUCAGUGUUAUACGUAAAAUAUAAAACAAUCCAAUAUUAAAGGAACAUGCAUCACUUUGAGACAACUGUCUCAUUCAAAAUAAAUCGCUUUGAAUAAUAGAGUUGCUUCACUCUGCAGGGUGAGAAAAAGUUAAGGGACCACUAUAGUCACCCAGACCACUUCAACUCAAUGAAGUGGUCUGGGUGCCAGUUCCCCAGGUUUUAACCCUGCAGCUGUAAAACUGCUAUGUUUACAUUGCAGGGUUAAUCCAGCCUCUAGUGGCUGUCAGGAAGAACGUUCAUAGGAUGAGUAAUUGAGUAAUGCUUUCCUAUGGGUGGUUUGAAUGCGCGCACGGCUCUGGCCGUGCAUGCGCAUUCGGCUCCACUCGGGAGCUGACAUCGGAGGGGGAGGAGAGGUCACCAGCACCAAAGGAGCCCGGCGCUGGAUUAAGAUAAGUGGCUGAAGGGGUUUUAACCCCUUCAGCCCAGCGGGACAGGGGCCAUGAGGGUGGGGUGGACCUAAGGACUAUAUAGUGUCAGGAAAACAAGUUUGUUUUCCUGUCACUAUAGUGGUCCUUAAGGACACAUGACCUGUGUGACAAGUCAUGAUUCCGUUUUAUUCCAGAAGUUUGGUCCUUAAGGAGUUAAGUAAGAGAUAUAUGUUUUUUUCAUAUUUGCCUGCUUUUUCUAAAUGUUUUCUACACUCACUCCAGGGGGGCACUGAUCUAACCAAUCCGUGUCCUAUCCCUAGGAAUGCUGGUAAAGUGCAUUGGGCAUGCCUGUCAGAUUUACAGAUGUGCAAGUGGAAGAUCUAUUCACCUUGCAACAUCUGACACAGGGAGAAGAUGGAGUCUGAGCAGUGUGAUCAUGCAGUGUAGGCUCCGGGGUCCAGUUUCUCUCUCCUGCUACCGCACACUAUUCCCUAUUUCUGUCAUUAGUUGGGGGAUUUGCAACUGAGAUGGGCAGGAAAGUGGUAGGGGAGGCUGAAGAAACUCCCUUGAGAGGCGGGUCCAACUGUGCAAUUUGACCAAGUAUAUACAAAUUUUGUAAACAUUUAUUACACUUAGACUUUUUUUAGAGUGUUUCUUGCUUUAUUUUGGUUUGUAUAUUCGUUUAAAAGUGCUUGCUUGCUGGUUUAAGUGAUGCAUGUCCAUUUAAUGGCAGUGCUGGUCACAUGAAGCAUAUUAUGAUAUUAAGAUAUUUUAAGGUAAAAGUAUUCUCUAAUUUUAACAUGUGACCAGUGAUACUAGGACACUUAACAUUCCACACCUAUACCACCUUAACCUUCCGCCCCUCCUACAUUACUUAUGGAAUAAAAUGUAAUACGAGCACAAUGAGAUACAAAAUAUUUAAAGAAACAAGGGAUAAUUAAUGGUAUACACUGUUAUUAAAUAUUUUUAUGAUGAAACGUACUCAGAACUCUUGACAAGUUAAUUACCACAUGUCAGGCCUAAUCGAGUAAUGGUAAGGGCAGCUUGAAGAUGGGGAUUCGUGCUCUAAACUAAGUUGACACAGGCAUUGAGAGGUAAUUUUAGGAUUAGAUAUGUCUAUUGAUAGAUGGGUGGGAGGGUCUGGUGAAGUGUGAGAUGUCUCCACAGAUAGAACAAGAUUAGGGUCAGUGAUACUGAGAUUCUCGGACACAUUGUGCAGUCUCCCCCCCCUCCUACCUCCAGCUCCUGUAUGUGGAGUUGAGAAUGUUUUGUGACGUUUGAAUAUCAUUGGGGCCACUAAUUGAGUAAGUGGACGUAGAUUGAUUGUUUAAUUAAAACCCAAUUUAGAACAACAUCGAUCUUGUUAACAGAUCCCCUAUGGUCGGCUUUUAAAAAGAUUAGAACGGGCCAGGAACUGUCAAUAGCGUGAACAGAACAACUUUCUUUAUCCAAGUAAAACUGUUUAAAAAUAAUUGCCAUGCCAUUUCUCGUCAGGCUGAAGAGUAUUUCUCUAGGCAGGCAUUGGAUAUUUGUUACUGUAAGCCUUUCAGUGGGUGAAGUCACAGUCUGCUCGCCUUCCAGACACAAGACCAGCACAGUGAAUAAUAACCUUCUAAGCCACCCCUAACUAUCAUGGACGGUGGGAAAACAACCAGUAAUUUAUUCAUCUUCUACCCUCCAAGGGGAUCCAUGUUACGGACUAUAUACUAAGCCCAAUAUGUGACGGGCAGGGAGGCAGUUUCCCCCCAGGAAACUAGUACAGGGAGGAUUGUAGACUGCUUCCUCACAUCACAAUAGUAAAUUGUAAUUGUGUUCACUUAUUGCCCACUAAUUCUUUCAGUAUUGUUCUAGAACUCUUAUUAGAAAUGUAAGAAAGGGAGUGGAAUAUGCUGUUUUUGUCUCAAAUUAGGCUAUUUGCAGUUGCCCCCACCAGGCCACAUGUAGCCAGCACCUGAUAUUUGAAUAUCCUGCGAAAGCCUGUCAGAGCCCCUGUAUCAUGGGGCGAUUUUGUACCUUGCUAUACAGUCCAUCUGAGAUCAUAUACCCUGUGAUAGUGUUACACAGCCCUUCUGUUGGGGGCAAUUAUAAACCCUGUGAUAGCGUUACACAGCCCUUCUAUUGGGGUAAUUAUAAACCCUGAGAUAGCGUUACACAGCCCUUCUAUUGGUGGUAAUUAUAAACCCUGUGAUAGCAUUACACAGCCCUUAUAUCGGGGUUGAUUAUAAACCCUGUGAUAGCGUUACACAGCCCUUAUAUCGGGGGGGUGAUUAUAUACCCUGUGAUAGCGUUACACAGCCGUUAUGUCGGGGGGCAGUUAUUAUAUAACCUGUGAUAGCGUUACACUGCGUUAUAUCGGGGGGUGAUUAUAUAACCUGUGAUAGUGUUACACUGUGUUAUAUCGGGGAGGGGUGAUUAUAUACCUUGUGAUCGCGUUACACAGCCGUUAUGUCGUGGGGGUGAUUAUAUACCCUGUGAUAGCGUUACACAGCCGUUAUAUCGGGGGAGGGGGCGAUUAUAUACCCUGUGAUAGUGUUACACUGCUUUAUAUCGGGGGGUGAUUAUAUACCCUGUGAUAGUGUUACACUGCUUAUAUUGGGGGUGAUUAUAUACCCUGUGAUAGCUACAUAGCGUUAUGUAGGGGGUUAUUAUAUACUCUGUGAUAGCGUUACACAUACGUUAUGUCGGGGGGUGAUUAUAUACUCAGUAAUAGCGUUUAGCAUUACACAGCCAUUAUAUCGGGGGUGAUUAUAUAACAGCCUUCCUAUUGGGGGGUGAUUAUAUAACCUGUGAUAGUGAUAGCGUUACACAGCCGUUAUGUCGGGGGGUGAUUAUAUACCCUGUGAUAGUGUUACACUGCUGUUAUGUCGGGGGAGGUGAUUAUAUACCCUGUGAUAGUGUUACACUGCCUUUAUGUCAGGGGGGUAUUAUUCCCUGUGAUAGCGUUACACAGCCGUUAUGUAGGGGGGUGAUUAUAUAACCUGUGAUAGCGUUUAGCGUUACACAGCCAUUAUAUCGGGGGGGUGAUUAUAUAACAGCCUUCCUAUUGGGGGGUGAUUAUAUAACCUGUGAUAGUGAUAGCGUUACACAGCCGUUAUAUCGGGGGGUGAUUAUAUUGCCUUUGCCUUCUGUGUUGCAGGGUCUCUAACGCAGUAACAGACUGUGCUGGAGCUGCAGAAGGUCUGUAGUGACAGCAAAUCAAAGGUGUGACAUAGAAGAGUUUGUCCUACAAAGCCAGUCAAGCAGAACAUGUGGAGUGUCUCCUGUUUGCUGCUUAAAGGCAACGUGCCUCCGUGAUUGAGGAUUGCUUAGAAACGCCCCAUUAGCUAGUCAGUUUCUGCACCAAAAUACGCUCUGGCUCAAAAAGCUUGACUGCUUAAUGUAAUGUCCUUAAAAUGAGCUACUGCUGCCUCCAGCAAUCCUUCUGCUGUGAAACCAUGCCUAUCCUGUGUAUUUACCAGUUAUCGGCUCUUUCUGUGGUGGUUUUAGAAAUUCACAUGUCCGGCAGAUUGUAGUUUUUAUGGACAGAGGCCAUGUCGUACGUCCGUCCAUCCUUCCCCCAGCUUUGUCUUCUGGUACAACACUGUUUUUGAGAUGGGCGUUUUUAAAUGCAGAACAUUCUUGCUUUUUCACAGUUUUUGGGGGAAUAUUCUGUUUGGGGUAUAUAUUAUUACUGGUAAAAUAAAACAAAAUAAAAACAUGGGCCUCUUAACCCCCCUUUCAAGAUAAGAGGCUAAGCAAAUCCCAUCAAAAUUCUAACCUCAUCUGUCUCACAGGGGUUAAAAUUGUUGAAACCAGUGAGUGAUCUUGUAAAUGACCUUAAUGCAUUGCUCUUUCUUUGAUGUGCCCUUAACCUGGAGAGCAUCCUUGCAUAUCCAAAAUAGCUUUUCCUUCUGUUCCCAGUGGUUCUGGACCGGUGAGUUGCCCUUUAAUAAACUGUGACAAUGAGCAGAUGGUGGAGAUCCACAACUGUAGACUGAUGUGUGACUCGUAUAAGCCUAGCAAUGGCAACGUUCUAUAUAUAACGUUUGCCAUGUAGUCCGCAUCGUUAGUGCCAUUCCUUUAAAACAUUUAUUUGUGUGUUUUUCCAGAAUGCAACCAAUUAGGUGCUCCUAGCAGGACUGAGGUCCAGACGCUGGGCUGGUACUGAGUGCUAAACAGGACGGAUACUCGGGAUAGCAGGCAUACUGAAUGUUUCACCUUGCCCACUGGCCCUUGCACUAAAUACAGGAAGGGUAGGCAGAUCCAGCAGGGCCCUGUGCAGUGCUAGGCGGACGUGUUGCUAAUUUAAGACUCCUCUGUUCUUUGAGUGCAUCAAAUGGAACAGCCAAGCCCUGUUGCUUUAAAUUUUUAUGACAGCUGCAGAAAGGGAGAGGGAGCAAACGUGACGCGUACAGCUCUAAUGGACUGAUCUAAGCUUCACAACCAAAUGCUUGUCUGUCUCUGGGUGCGUGUGCUUCUCUAAACAUGUUGUAAGCGCCGUGUUUUAAGCACAAGGUGGGGUUAUGGAGGGCAGAAUUGCUAUGUAUGGUAUUGGCCUGGAGACCGUAGGAAUGUUGUCCCUGACACAGGAGUGGUGGGCCAAGCAUAGUUACAUCUUAUAAGCAUUGGACAGCAGUCAGUCCUGAAUCCAGUUACCAAGACAUACAUACAGCAGUCUUGGUGUCCCUAGUUUCUUAGGACAUUUGAUCAUUCUCAUAGAUAAUUCAUGCAUAACAUGGCUGGCAGACUUAAACCACGUGACACUUUUCACCUUUUUUUAACCUAAACUACCACUGAUGUUGGGAUAGCAACCAUUGUGCACCACCUGCUUAUUGGCAUGCCAGCCCACCUAGAAACAGCCACCAAGAUUGGACCAGAUGUGUACAUGGCAAGCAAGCACAGGUCUUCCCGAACAGAAACCAAUAUGCCCCAUUUACUGACCAAACCUCGCUCGGCAUGUACCACCUACUGACCAAACCUUACUCUGCAUGCACCACCUACUGACCAAACCUCGCUCGGCAUGUACCACCUACUGACCAAACCUUACUCUGCAUGCACCACCUACUGACCAAACCUCACUCUGCAUGCACCACCUACUGACCAAACCUCACUCUGCAUGCACCACCUACUGACCAAACCUCACUCUGCAUGCACCACCUACUGACCAAACCUCGCUCUGCAUGCACCACCUACUGACCAAACCUCGCUCUGCAUGCACCACCUACUGACCAAACCUCACUCUGCAUGCACCACCUACUGACCAAACCUCACUCUGCAUGCACCACCUACUGACCAAACCUCACUCUGCAUGCACCACCUACUGACCAAACCUCGCUCUGCAUGCACCACCUACUGACCAAACCUCGCUCUGCAUGCACCACCUACUGACCAGAUCUCGCUCUGCAUGCACCACCUACGCUCCAAUAGCUCACAGGAUAUAUUCACCUGUUCGUAUGCCAGGGAGACGCUCCACCGUGCCCUUUAUCUUGCAAUUAUUUCAGGAUUUACCACUUGCUGGCAUCCUAUUUAGUUUUUAACCAGUUAAAGGCAUGUUGAGCUGUACCCACCACCUCUACCCUCUCUCGGUGUUUACUGCCAACCUGCCUCUUUAUCAUUGCCUCUAACAAGCUCUGUCACCGUGUAAAGAUCGGAAGGUCACGCUGACAGGUGCUCAUAUCACAAUGUAAUAUUUCCUGCAUGUUCUGCCCCGCAUCUCGGCCAGCAGUAACAGAUAAAUCACACUGAAAGAAUCUUAAUGGAUUGUGAGUCUGAUCAGCAGCGGUAAAUUACAGGAAGGAAGCACUGUUUGAGCUUGGUAAACACAUUAUUUAACCAAUGAUCCUCUCUGGCGCAGACGCUUUACAGGGCAGCAGUCAUUGCGAUGAAAUGUGAAUUGAGGCUGAUUCACCUCCUUCUAGGAUUCUGAUAUGCUGUUAGACGACCGAACAUGGACGCAGAUGUCGCCCGGGCAGCUAGUUUAUUACUAGGAAAAUCUGUAGAAUAGUUUACGUAUCCGCAAUGGUCUGCUUAUACAGGAAUUCUAUAUAUGUUUUAAGAAUUCAUUUCUUCCAGAGAUUCCUUGUCCUGGGAGCUUACAAUCUAGUACCAUAAUGGGAUGGUCUGCUACAAGGAGUUUACAGUUUUGUGACACUAUAGUUUAGGGGUGUAAUGUGACCCCGUGCCCCUGAACUUAUAUUCUGAAUAACAUGAAACAGAUUGAUAUCAAAGGAAAAUAACUAACUCAGACCAUAUCACAUAAGUUCAAGUAUAAGUUAAAGGGGUCUCCGGGACAUGGCGUCAACAAAGGAGAGGGUCUCCAAUGGAUCUCCUCUUUAAAAAGAAUCUUCUAACUUAUUAUCUAAAUUAUGAGAUUCCCUAGUUUUAAAGACUCUGCACAAAUAUAUAUUUUUAGAGCUGGUGUCUGAAGGGAAUAGCAGGAUAUGUCUGAUAGGAUAAUGGUGUUGCUUUCUCUGAUAAAUAUGCAAUUGGAGAAAAUCAUUUUAAUUUGAAUUGACAUAUUUUUUUUCUUCCAUUGCAGCUAUUUUAAAAAAAAAAAAAAAGGAAAGAAACUCGCUUUGGUUAUAUACACUGUGUUUUCUUUUUACAUUUUUUUUAUUGAAAUUCUUUUUUUUAUUUAUAGAUUUUACAACAUGAAUUUAGUAUUAUUAAAUUAAAAAUUGUAGAAAGCAAAAUACAUAUGUUUACAUAAACAAACAUUUGUACACUGUGUAUUUCGUAGUGCACAACAGCAUAUUCUCUAUGGUUAACCCAUUGACUACAUUUUUGGGAAUUUGGAGUUUGUUUAGAUUUCUGGAGAGAUUUUGAGGUAUAUUGUAUGGAAUUGAAAUCAGAAUGGCAAAAUUGAUUCUAAAGUAACCAAGCCGUGACCUAUAGUUCUUUUUCCAAAUCCACUUUAAUAUAGCCCCUCGUGAUUUCAUCAUUGGUUGGGAUAGAUUUCAACAUGGAACUCUAAUAAAUUGUUACAUAGAUUGUAGGAUACAUUGGUUUUAGCAAUGACUUCUCCCCAUCAAAGAGAUCAUUGUAUGUCUUUAGGGUAAGCUAGUACCCAGUUUGCCCGAGGAUUAGUCUAAAAAACUCUAAAAGAUCAUCUUGUCCAUUCUACAUAAAUAGGUCUAACCGACCCUCAAAUCCUGAUUGGUUUGUUUGGUGUGGGGGAGGUGGACAGGGUGGUAAUAUCUCGGCAGUGCCUGUUGUACGUGUUCUGGGUACUAACUCCAAGAGAACACGCAGGUAACGUGCCAUUAAUACUUCAUUUAGUUAGCUAAUUGUAAUUAUUUACACUUCGUUUGGAGCAGUGCGCAUUAUCCGCCAUUGAUACGAGAUAAUUACCAUUCUUUUACACUAUAUUGCUACAUCUAUUCAGAUUUUCUCCUAAUAAAGCAUGACCUGAUCCUCACAUGUUUUUUUUUUUUUUAUGUAAACGAGGAUUCUUGAAGAUCACAGGGAUAUAUAUUUUAUUUAUUUCCUGUAUAAAUUAGAAUUUUCUGCUAUGCCUUAUCUGUACAUAUAUAAAGUAUAUUCAGUCUAUGCAUUUAAAGCAUGUUUAUUGCCUGACAGAAGCAUGUGAAUUUAUUGAUGGCUAGGGUUGUGUGGGUGGGCGCCAAGCAGGAUUUCGAAAAUGGGGGAGGAUGUGUAGGAUGUACAUUAUUAUCUAGGGUUGUAUCAAGAUGGACAAUGCUCUGAAUGUGGCGUAGGUGUUGUCAUAGGGUCGUGUGGAGCAGGAUUUCAUAUUGUCUCGAUUUCCCCUUUAUCAAACCUCUUUAUUGCUAAUCGUUAUAGUGAUUGCUCUUCCCAUGCCUUGCUUGAUAUGAGGCGUGAUCCCAACCUGGAAAAACAUAGAAAUGUGUAAACCAAGCGCUUAUAAAAAAAGAAAAUGGUGGAACGUUAAAAAUUACAAACCUAUUUUGUUGAAACACCCAAAAUGUACAUAGUGUAACGCUGACUAGGCUUAACGCAUGUAUGUUGUAUUAAAUGGGAAUGAAUCGGUCUCGGAAUACAUAUAAAAAAAGAAAUUAAAUAUAUAAUGGUGCAGCUAUUAAUGAAGAGCAGUGAAUUCAAAUAAUGAUGUCCCACAUCACUAUUGUUUGAAUUAACAGCUCUUCAUUGAAGGGUGCACUACUACACGGUUAGUCUAUGUCGAUCCUUGGGAGCUUACCCACCAAACACACAGUGAUCGCGUAGUGUAUUGGUCUCUUUGGUUCAUCAUUUUAGAGUUAAAUCCACCUCUUUGACAACUUGUAUGAGCGAGAUCCGAUAGGCUGCAUAAAGAAAUAUUUAAAGAACUGUUAAUUUUGAAGCCUUGGGUAUAAUAAUCCUGUUUUCCUAAAAUAUUGGAUUUCUCCCUCUCUCCUUGCAGGGGUAGCUGUUAAUGUUGCUGUGCUUUUAUUUUUUUAAAAUUUAUUUUAUUUUAAGACUUUUUAUAAAGACUUCCCUUCUCUUACCAGAACAGAAUUAUUUGUAAGAGGGAAAAAAAAAAAAAGCUCUGUGGGGCAUUUUAAAAAAAGUGAUUUUAUUCAGCGACACAUCAAAGCAGUGACUUGAAAGGUCGAUGGCUCUUUUGCUCUUCGGCUAAGUUGGGUUGCCUGGCACCUUAACUUUACAGCUUUGAUGUUUGAGAAUAGUGUAAAGAUAAAAUCCCCUAAUACUUUAUUCAUAAGAAAUGCCAGAAAUUGAAUAUUUUAACACAUAUUUUAGCUUGUCCCUAUUUAUGGAAAUGAGGGAAAAUGCUUUGAUAAUGUUUAUGCAUGUAGCAUGUUCAAGUCAAUGUGCAAACCUAGUGUGGGAAUUAUUCUACUAAUGCUACAAGUGGGUUUGAGGGAAACAUUACUACUCCUGCAGUUUGUUUUGGGAGUCGAUAUCCUAGCCCGUGUGUGUGUGUGUGUGUUUUUUUUUUAUUUUUUAUAAAUCCAACAAUGGUGGACAGGUGGUGAUUUAGGACUAUCGUGAUGCUCCUGCUGGAUUUGGGAAGGGAUUUUAAUCAUGCUACAUACCUUUGUGAUCAACCAUUGUGUUGGAGGCUUGGGGAAUAAUAUUUUAGUCAUAGACCUUAAAGGGGCAGAUUCCGAACCUAAUCGUGGGCAGACAGGACCUGUUAUUUAGGUGGGUGGGGGGUGUUAAGAGUUCAAGGGAAAUAAUAGAAAAAAGAAAUACGUUAACGUUUAUUCUCCUAUCCCUGAGGCUUACCGUGGGCCAGGGAGGGUGUAUCCUUAUCUGGUGGUAUGGUGGGAGAUACUUCUUAUCUUACUUCGUAUGCUAUCCCAGUGGGUGUAGACCGUUCCUACAGGCCAACGCUGGGUAGAGUAAUUCUGUUUGUUCUGUAAAAGUAGCAGAGAACGUGGUUUAGCCCUUGAUUCUCCUCUUAUCCCUGUUACCAGGCGGCCUGGCAGUUAAAGGAGAUCUUUGAUCUCUCUACCAGGUGAUCAUGAAGCAACCUCUCUGGGCCAGUGCUUAAAAGGGCUGGCCCUCCAUGCACCAGCUGGACUCUUGACAGCCUCGACAAAGUGUCUUGGGGGGGGGGGGGGCACGUAUCCCCCCUUCCCUGGGACAUGAAUCCUUUUUGGAUAUUUUAGUCUUACAGUACAGCUUGGGGACUAGACAUAUAGUGUGGCAUCUUUGUCUAUAGACCUAUAUAUGUGUUGUAUGGUUUAAAGAGUAAAAGCUUGAAGAAUGUGUAGGUGCAUCUAGUAUGGGUUAAUAUUGGCCUUUCAUUUAAAAAAAUCUGUGUGUAUAUAUCUAUUUUUUAUAUAUAAUAUAUAAAACCAUCCUCACUUACAGGGGGAGAUUUUAGCAGCUCAGUGGUUUCGGAUGAGAUCUGCACUGAGGCUGUGGUAGAUGAUGAGCUGCUUGGAGUGGGAAUAAAUACUUAUUACCCAAGAUCCUCUCUUUGCCUGGGGGUUCCAGUACUGUAGAGCUGCCAGUGGUGGGCGCUCUUCUCCAGAAUGUCUCGGUUGCUGCAGAGCUGCCAGGGGUAGGAGUGGGUGCUUGAUUACCCCAGAACCUUCCUUCCCGUAUGUGGAAUUUUUCCCCUAAUAAAAUCUCUUCAUCUGGCACCGAAUCCCAAACUCCCUCCGAAUUACUUUGAAUUGCAAAUCGCUGCCAGCUUCUAAAUGACCUCAUAAAGCAGAUUUAUGGGAGACUGGUGUCAGAAAUCGCUGUUUUCAUUACUGGGGCAGGAUUUAUCUGCUUGUCAUGGUAGCUUUUCUCUCACAGCUCAUAAACUGCACUUCCACCAGGGGCUUUAUUGCAAUGCUACUCGAGGCCUUCCAAAUUAGUGUUCCGUUCCACUUCCCCAAGGAGCUUACAAUCUAGCAUUGUACAAGGCUCUGCUUUCAGUCCUCCCUUUCACGCCUCCAUCUCUCCUCUAGAACUGUGUGUUCUGUUGGUCAGAAUUUGUAUACUAAAACAGUAGUAGAAAUGGGAAUUGCAUCUUGACUGGAAUCUUUUAGAACAUGCUAUGAGAAUGUGAAUUAAAAGAUGUAGAUAGAUAUAUAUGUUGUCCUAUGGCCUGUAGCUUUAUUUUCUUGCUAUUUCUGUGAGUUAUUGCAGUCCCUUAUAUGUUUUGAGGUUUUUUUUCUUCCUUUUUUUUUUUCUUUUAACUAUGUGGAAAUGUUCUCUGUCUGUACAGACCUUACAGAGACACCCUGCCCUUAUCUGCUGUCUGAGAGCUACGCUAUGUCCUCUGUGAGCUCCCAUCCAGCUGGAUUCAUUGCUCAGACAGCCGGCUCUGCAAAUUAAACCACUAAUUUCGCACUGGUGAAAAGCUGCGGGGUGUACACCUUUUCGGAAUUACAUUUUUAACAAACCAAAAUUGUGUGUGUGUGUGUGUGUUUUAUUUUUUUUAAAUAAAAAAAUAAAAGCCAAAUGCAACAUUGUUCAAUCUUCUUAGUGAAGGCACAAAGGGGCCUGUGAAGUUGGGCAGAUUGUAAUGCAGGGACCUGUUAAGUAGAUUACCCCCUGUUUUCUGGCUGUUUGAAGAAGUGGGUUAACGGAGUGUGCCGAAAAUGAAGCAUUGCAUGGCCUUUUCAAAUCUCCGCCACGCAUAAUCUGUCACUUAUGUGGCAAGCGGUACACUCUUCCUAGAUCUGUACGCAUAGGGCGGCCACCAGAUAUUUAUAUUUCUGUCUUGUACAGGCGACUGCACUGAAUCACAGGCCGUAAAUCCUGACACGAAUACUCCAGAUAUGAAGGAAAUUUGCACAAACAAAGAAAUAGGUCAACUUUGAAAUAUUCAGCAUAAAAAAAAAAGGUAUUGAGUGUCCAGAGAGCACGGCCCGAGUUAACACUCUUCUUUCUUGUUGUGCUAAACCUUUACUUUUUAGGAAAAUGUAUUUUACUUCACUCAAACAGGUAUUUGGUGGCAUUGAUACAAUGUGACGUGUGGACACAGAUCCACUCUUUAAGGUGGGCACAGCGUCCAAGCAUACACAGAUCCGAUGGGCACGGUGCAAAAUCUGUCCAGUUUCUCCCUGUAGGACCACACUCCAAUCCAUUCUGUAGGGUGCGCACAGUGCUGUACACCAAAACACUGAGCAUCAUUUUGUAUUUCACUGUAAGUCAUUCUUUAGAUUGAGACAGUAAUUGAUUCCCUGUAAAUUUCCAUAAAUUAUAUUUAUUGGUGACACUGCUGUGCCAGGACCACUGGCCAGCCAGUGACCUCCCCAUACUGCCAGUGUCAGCAUAAUGUAUCAUCUGUUACACUGUUUCUAAAGACCAUUUUGAUUAUUGUGGGGGAAUGUGUCUGUGUUCCCUACAAUGCACUAAAUAGGAGAUGGACCUUUGAAUGGGCAAGUUGUAGACACCCGUAUUUUAGGAAUAGGUUAGAGUAGUUUAGCCAGUCGAGGGUUUUUUGUUUUUUUUAUAGCUCCUUUUGUUUUAGGUAAAUACAGAUGCUCCUGGAUGUGGGGUUGUGCCGAGCCUCUUGAAUUUAAACUCUGUAGUUCUAGUCCCUGGUUUCCAGGUAGGUAAUGCUGGAGCAGGGGAUAAUAUGCCCUCUUAAAGUUCUGACAUUUCAUGAAGCUACAUGAGAAGUGGGGGAAAGGUCUGGGUGCACUCAUCAGUGUGCCAACCAUUGUAUUAUUAUUGCCAUACAGAAUCGAGAAGUAAGGGGAAGGCACUUGGUUACAGUUUGAGGUUUUCUUAAAGUAUUCAGAGAGCACUGAUUGCGUUUGCAGGAACUGCUUUAUAUGUUUGGGUGCAGGCUGGAGUCAUGCCCUGCUAGCUCGUCCUUCCUGUUGUCAAUCUGACAAGAGUGACAUGUUUGGCAGAACGCGCCUACAGACACAUUUGAAUUUCCAAAAAGUGCUCAUUCCUUGUGGUUUUUAUUUGGUCAUCCAAUCGGAAAUAUUGCUCAGGCGGAUCGAGCUGUAACUGACAGGAAACAUGCUCAAAGCGACCUGCUCAAACUUUGCCCAAGAAUCACAAUUUUGCAAACUUUGUAUUUGCCAGUGCUUGGGUCGGAGCUGACACCUUUCUAUAUCUGAUCUUGGGCAGAUGGCUUAGGCACGGUUCAGCCAUCUUGCCAUCCAAGUCCCUAUCAGUGCCCACCUCCUGACACUCGUGAGUUUUACACCUGUCGCAAAACUAUUUUGGUUCCAUUUUGUAGUAAUAUAGUAGGAUAUUUGCCAUAAUUCUGCCCAACAUUAUGCAUGAAUAUAUCUACCUUCAUUUUUUAUUUUGAUUGUUAACCCAUAUAGCGGUUAAUGGACCUUGAAAGCAUGAUUUAUGCCAAUGUUAAUGCACUGUUUUGUCACCGCAAUGGAAUGCACGUAGCCAGGCAUAGCUAAGGAGUUUAUGAAUUCGGUGGAAUAUUCAGUAUUGUACUGUUAAACAGAGUAAGUUCUACCUUAACGUGCAUUUUCCAGCAGUGAAAGUCCUGUCUCAGGGUUCGAUUCGCUUUGUAACCCUCUGAUUAUUCGUAGUGUUAAUUUGGGUCAGUUAAUUUAUUUCCCGCUCAGCUCACAUCAUUCUGCCUAGCUCCUCCUCGCUCCACAGAGCAGGCAAAUGAGAACAUUCAUAAGCAGCCGUGACAGCACCGCAGGAUCGGAGUUUGGUACCAGUGAUAAGUCAGGAAGGGACCCAGGACUCCCUUCCCUUAUACCUCAGCAUAAUGUUGGUAUCUUAUGCCAGCGUAAGGGUCUUUUAACAGGAUUCCAUGAUGAAUACUAAAAGAAUAGGCCCCAAACUGCAAUGUACAUGUGUUGGGUGAAGAAUAUGUUCAUUAGAUACACCUUGUUAUCUGGACUGUCCUCUUACCACAGCCCUGCCGUAACACAGGAGUCCAAUAUGUCUUGUCCAUUACUAUUAUUGUGUUAAUGCCGGGGUAGCAUUACAGUGUAAUUUUUUGGCAAAAUCUGAAGGUCAAGGUCUGUGCAGUAAAUAAUUCAUCCCUAAUCUUCAGAUUAUUUAUCGGGGCUCGUAAGCGAACAUCACUUUCCCCAAAUGUUUAACUGAUAAGGCAGGCUGUGGCUUGCUGGAAUUGCUAGUUCGAGUGACUGUUGUUAAUGGCGCAAAGCAGGCUUGUUUUACACAAUGGCUUGAGAUGUUUACAGACUGUUAUUGAGUUUGAUGUCGGGGCAGACAGGAGUACUCCCUUUGUGGGAAGUUGUGGUAAUUAUCUAGUAGAAGAUAACGCACACUAUCGUCUUACAGAGCUGGAAUGAUACGUGAGCUUUCCCUCAAUUUCUGGAGACCUGCCCGCGUCUCCUCCCGAAAGACUAGCUCUUCUCCCUGAGACACAGUUAAGGAUGUAUCUCUGUGAAACAUACACUCAUUUAUUUAGCAAAACAUUGAGCUGGCUUUUAAUUCUGGAGCGUAGUGCCUGUACGAGGAAGCUCGAAAUACAGGUUAAUAAUUAAUUGAGUAGGACCGCAGGGUCACCGGCUCCAGUGAUCAUCACAAACCUGCUAUUCAGUCUCACUCCGAUUAGGAGGCCGGCGAUUGUCUGCUGAGUGGAUAUAUGGGGAUUGAAGCUCUUAAUCAAUGAUAGGCACUCCCGGAAGGCUGCCCUUUACGGCAUUAAGAAAAUAAAAGGGAUUUAAUUUUAACAGGGCGCGAAAUCCUCUUUCUGUACGCUCCUUACUCAGAGAGCCUCAUUAGUAUGUGUAAAACCAAGAGACUUAGUGACUGCUAAUUCUCCACUAAACGAGAAUCAUGGCGUGGAACGGAAACAACUCAAUCUGGUGGAUUUCUGAAGAGGUUAGCACCCUGCGUGGGAUGCCAACGGGGACUAAUUGUUCGUGUUCAGGAAAGGAUGAAGGCUGAAGAGACUUAGGGGAUUGUGUUAUGGCUUUCUAUGUAUAUGGUAUGCGCAAAAGGCUGGGAUUUAUAAAUAUGAAAUCUAAUUGAGUAAUAGGAUGAGUCUUGAUAAAGUGAAAUGCUGUGAAGGAGGAGAAAUGAGUAGUUAAAAAGAAAACCACAAUAGUCCACUGCUUGUUGCUCCCAUUAACUAUGUGACCACCCCCCCCACACACACUCCCACUCACUAUCCAUUUCUCCCAAUCACUGUUGAUCUUCUGCUCUCUAUAGCCCUGUGAUGGCCCACUGACCCUGGUCUCUUGUUCCCAUGGGCCCUGUGAAGGCCCACUGUCCCCGGUCUCCUGCCCUCUAUGGCCCUGUGAAGGCCCGCUGUCCCUGGUCUCCUGCCCUCUAUGGUCCUGUGGAGGCCCACUGUCCCUGGUCUCCUGCCCUCUAUGGCCCUGUGGAGGUCCACUGUCCCUGGCCUCCUGCCCUCUAUGGCCCUGUGAAGGCCCACUGACCCUGGUCUCCUGCUCCCAUGGGCCCUGUGAAGGCCCACCCUGGCCUCCUGUCCUCUAUGGCCCUGUGAAGGCCUGCUGUCCCUGGUCUCGUGCCCUCUAUGUCCCUGGUCUCGUGCCCUCUAUGUCCCUGGUCUCGUGCCCUCUAUGUCCCUGGUCUCGUGCCCUCUAUGUCCCUGGUCUCGUGCCCUCUAUGUCCCUGGUCUCGUGCCCUCUAUGUCCCUGGUCUCCUGCCCUCUAUGUCCCUGGUCUCCUGCCCUCUAUGUCUCUGGCCUCCUGCCCUCUAUGGCCCUGUGAAGGCCCGCUGUCCCUGGCCUCCUGCCCUCUAUGGCCCUGUGGAGGUCCACUGUCCCUGGUCUCCUGCCCUCUAUGGCCCUGUGAAUGCCCACUGUCCCUGGUCUUGUGCCUUCUAUGGUCCUGUGAUCGUCCACUGUCUCCUGUUCGCUGUGCCCUGUGCUUGUUUACUGAAUUGUAAUCCUGACCCCAGAGAGUUUUAUGUUGGGCACACCUGCUCCUGCAAUGUGCCAGGGGAGGGUCUGUUGUUGUUUAAAGGGCAGGUCCAGCCCUGUGGUGCACUCUGAUGUCCUAUCUUUAACCUGAACCUGUGGCCUUCAGAGACCUGGCCAUCCUGAUUGCUUGUUGUGAUUAUAUGUUAACUUGGAAGCUGUGUUUCCAUUAACCCGUUAUCGCCUGCAGCGAGCAGGUGUACGGAAUGGAGUCCCAGGUACAUGUAGCAAAGGGAGAUUUGUGGAAUGUGGAGAACUGUGGCAAGAGGCUAAUUGUAUUCCAAAGUUUGAAGGAAAAACAUUAACAUGGCCAAAUUGGAAGAAUAAAACCCAAACUCCAGCUAUUUUUCCAUUGCUGAUAGUUUGGCCUAGUUUUAGUUGUCAGUUUGCAGCUGCUGUUCAGUAAAUAAACCCCAAAAGAAUACAGGCUUGUGAUGAUCGCUCUUUACUUCAGACAUGAAACAAGACAAGAUUGUUUAUCUUUGUCCUCCGAAAUAGAGGAAAUAGCGCUUAACUCAUGGCAUGCCAUGAAACACUUCAUUCCCUAUUAGCUGUGAAAGGGUUAAAGCCAAGGGGGGAUGUUUAGUGUCAUUUACAGAAAUACAUAUGUGUAACAUGUUUUAGACCAUAUGGCAGGACGCCGGCGGAAGCUAUUUUCUCUUUUUCCAAUAUAUCUUAAUGUGUGUCUCAUGUACAGAAAUUCUAUUCCACAACCAUCAGUAUGUUGUAUUUAGGGCGGGAGGGGGGGUGUUAUGCAUAUCAUUAUGGAUUAUUUAGUAGCUUUUAUACAGUAUGGUAAUGGGCACCUUGUUCUUGGUAGGGGUAAAAUUAAGGGGAGGGGUGGGGGUGAUUGUAUUAUAAUACAGCACAGGGCAGCUUGCUUUCUGACAUGAAUUAUGAAUUUGGGGAUCUGUAAACAGUAGCCAGUACUGGAGUUGGACAAGUGUUAAAACUGACCGCUGUUGGUCAUGCUAAUGAGAUGGAUGUGUACAGAAAUUUUGCAGAGGAGAAGGGGCAAUAAUGUGCACCAGGGCGUGAAUUAGGAGGGUCCUGUGACAGGCCCAUGUACUCGAAGUACUGAUGGUUUCAUUUGGAAGGCACGCAGUCUGAGGAUGGUCUGUAAGGAGACCUUGAUCACAGCAGACUGGGUGCUGUAUACAUCACUAAAUAAUGCUUUGUUUCCUAAACCAGCUAAUUGGUGAUUAAUAAAUGGGAUCGAUGCAUGUUAUAAAUUUAAAGAAUUCCACCAACAGUCUGUGUUUAUAUGGGGAGGAAUCCAUCUUUGGGAACCGUGACAUCAUUUAACGAAGUCGUUAUGGGCACAAUAGUACGUUCGUGUUGAUGGUAAAAUGUCACAUGCUUUGCUGGGUUGCAGAGCUGCUGCCAUGUAACACAAUUCCUCCAUUCUGCUGCAGUGUGCUCCAGACACUGAAACUGAAUAACUGAAUAUAUUGUCGCUGAUUGCGCUGACCUCCUGCACGGCUGGAGAGGAAUUUCGCAGACAUGCAGUUUUUACACAGCGUUGUUUCGCUUAAAUAAAAGCACCUCUGACCACAACGCCAGCAGACUGAGCUACGAAAAAAUAUGUGAAAUGAUGUAUAAUUUGUGUUCUCACUCCCACGUAUCGCCAGUACCUGUGAUCCAGUGUGCAUCCCCUUAACCCCACUAUCCAAUGAAUUAAUAUGACUUGGGCUCUUACUGCAUUUUCUGUAGAAAGGGUCAUAUUGCCAAGUGCUGUCUAUGCUGUGCACUCCGGGUUUUUCAGUACAGUGAGAAUUGUUGGGAAUUCAAAGGGAAUUUCAAAUUUAAGACCAAACUGGAAAAACUAUCCAGUCAGCUUUGGUAACAGUUUGUCUACUUUAGCCUUUAAUUUAAAACUAAAGGGACACUAUAGUACUAAGGACUGCUACAGCUUAAUGUAGUGGUUCUGGUGUCUAUAGCCUGUCGAUGCAGUCUUAGCACUGUAAACACUGCUUUUUAUUUAUUUUUUUGAGAAAAUUUAGUGUUUACAUUGCUGCCUAGUCACACCUCUAGUGGCAAUCACUCAGAAGGCCACGAAAGUGCUUCCUAUAUCAGUGCUGCACAGUGUGCUCUGUAUGGAGGUGCUGCACAUUCCUCAUAGGUACAUUGAUUCAAUACAUCUCUGUGAGGAGAUGCUACUUGGUGCAGUACUUUCCUAUAGGAAAUAAUUGGAUUGGUUGAGAUCAUCAAGAAUGAUAUCAACAGCCAUAGAGGCAGGGCCAGGCACGGUCACUCACUUUGGUGAGAAAUCCUGAUUCCUGGGAUUGUGAUCUAUAGAAUAGUACUUGAUAUUUGUCUAAACCACGUUUCAGCAUUAAAUGCCUCAGUCCAUCGUGACUUAUCUUCAGCCCAGAAUACGGACCCUUGAAGGGACUUCCUUUCUUAUAAGGAUGAGGUGGGAAAGGGCACCUGUGAUGAUGGUCACUCUGCUUCCAUGUGGCAGCCGUCUCUUCUCCAGUAUCUAGUUUAACCCAAGCUCAUGGAGUAUUACUUACCACUCUAGUGGGGAUUGUGAGGACAUCAACUUACCUUGUACAACGGAUAAACGUAUAUUUUGUUUAUAUUUAAAAAAACAAAAAAAAUAAACAUUUAUAAAACACUCGUACAAAAGUGUGUGUGACACUUUUGAAGUCCCAACAUAUUUGGCAUCUCAUCAUUUAACUCCUGAUCUGUAUUUUGUCUGGCAUGGUGUUCCCCCCCUUCAUAUUUCACAUGAAUUUCUGGUUUUAGAUGUAUACUCUCCAUUUAAGGAUUGGAAAUGGCUCCCUAUUCCAUUUUUCUUUUCCUGUAUUCAGCCUUUAUCAUCUUUACCUUUGUAAAUGGCUGCAGUUUAAAAAGUUUACUUUGAUCUGAAUUUCAGUGGCUGGCGUGGCUCCUGCACCAAAUGAAAGCAGGGUAACAUGGCAUACACUAGAGGGCGCCACUCCUAACCCUAUGUAUUCUGCACCCUGAGCCACAAUCCUGGCAAAUAAAGGGUUUGGGGAUGUAUGAUUUCUGUUUUAUUAUCUUCUGAAUAUGUGGAUUUAUUGAAAUAAGAAGAAUUGCUUUCACCUAUCUGACCAGCAUGCUUUGUCAUUCAGACCUGUUGUCCCUGUAAAAAUAACAGCACAUUUUGUCACAAGCAGAGAGCUAUAUGGAUCUUCAUGUGAGCAGUGCCUCUUCACUUCUUGUCUCUGUCAAUAUUAUUUUGUCUUUGUCAAAUAUCCCCAUUGUGUAAUUGUACAGCGCUGCAGAAGGUGAAGAAAUACAAUAGUGAGCGCACUCAAUAAAUGUAAAAGGUUACCACAAAUAUAGAUGGAUACAAUCCUAAAAUAUGAAUACAAAUGGAGAUCAUAGGCUAAUAUUUAUUGGUUCAACAUAAAAAUGUGAAAGUAUAAAACGUCCAUUGGUUGCUUGCCACUUGACGCGUUUUGGCAAGUAGCCUUUCUGAAAAGUGGUAGUCCUGUUCUCCUCCGUGAUUCUGUUUACAAAUGGAGUUUUGGCACCCUCUCUUGGUGGAUUCAAGUUCCCAUUCUUGCUUACAUCAUCAUUGCGCGUCUGACGCUUACGUUUUCCAUCCUUGUGUCGUGAUGUCAUGAUGGUAUCAGCGUAAUGACGUGGGAGACGGAAGUCUUCAAACCGCCAUAUCAGUAAGUCCAUUAUAAAUGGCGGUUGGACACGUUAUGUGGCAUUAUUGUAAUUAAUCAUAUUCAAAAUAGUAAAAUAUAAAUGAAACAUUGAUUAGAGAAAUCUUAAUAUUACAACAUGAUAUUAAAAACGAAGAAAUGUGCUGGCGCUAUAUAAAUACUCAUAGGUUGAUAAAUAUAGUGAUAAUAGUAAUUAAAGGGAAACUCCAGGGCCAGGAAAACAAUCCAUUUUCCUGGCACUGCAGGUCCCCUCUCCCUCCCACCUCCCAAUCCCCGGUUGCUGAAGGGGUGAAAAGCCCUUCAGUCACUUACCAGAGGCAGCGACAUGUCCCACGUCGCUGCUUCCGCCGCCGCUCCUCCUCUGCAUUAAGUUGGGCCGGUGCGCUAGACUGAUCCUGCCCACCGGCCGGGGACACCUAUUGCCACGCAUGCGCAUUAGAGCUCCCCAUAGGAAAGCAUUGAAAAUGCUUUUCAAUGCUUUCCUAUGGUGAAUUGAGCGACGCUGGAGGUGCGCUUAAAUAAAAAUAUUAACUAUUGCUAACUCAACAUAUAUCAUAUCUCCAUAAAGAGCCAUGGAUACGGUUUAUAAACAUGCAGAUAUGGGUAAUAUUGUCAUUGAGAGGGUGGAGUAAACUCCAAGGCUUAUAAAGUGAAUUUUGUGUUUUUAAUUAUGCUGUGAUAGCUGUGCCCACAUUUUACUUCAUUCUCCUGAUGGCUGAUAUAUAUUCUCCUGAUGCCUGAUAUAUACACACGCACACAUUUUAUAUAAUAUUAUACAUACAGCUAGCAGUAUGUAUAUUAUUAUAUAAAAUGUGUGUGUGUGUGUGUGUGUGUAUAUAUAUAUAUAUAUAUAUAUAUAUAUAUAUAUAUAUAUAUAUAUAUAUAUAUAUAUAUUAAUUAAUAUAAAAUAAUUAACAUUAAAUAAGAUGCAAGCAGCCAUCAGGAGAAUGAAGUAAAAUGUGGGCACAGCUAUCACAGCAUAAUUAAAAACACAAAAUUCACUUUAAAAGUCUUGGAGUUUACUCCACCCUCUCAAUGACAAUAUUACCCAUAUCUGCAUGUUUAUGAACCGUAUCCAUGGCUCUUUAUGGAGAUAUGAUAUAUGUUGAGUUAGCAAUAGUUAAUAUUUUUAUUUAAGCGCACCUCCCUAGUGUCUGUCAGUCCCAUGAGCAAAAUGUCAGCUCUGAUCUAUAGGCCGGAACACGCGAGCUGCGUAAUAAUGCUGCAAACCUGUCACACUUAAAAUCUUAAAUGCUUGUUUUAUUUUCCAGUUCUAUGUAGGACAACUGCGUGUGUUUCUACGCCAGAGGUUAACACUGUGAGAUUAGCUCUUGCUCCAGGCACACCUAUCGGUUGGUGGCAGUCGGGAAUGAUAAUCAGGGAAUCUCAAUGGCCCCCUCUAUUUAUCCACUAUUGAGCCCCGUUCCUUCCUCUCCCUGUAGGAUUUGCCGCGUCUGCCCUGGACACCUGACGAGGAGGCACUUGUCACGCUGACUGCCAGGCUUGUGUUGCUGGCACUACUUUAGGAGACAAAUAGUUGCCAACAGGAUAAUGAGUUUGUAUUAAAGAUGGAAGCCGCCUGCGGUGUUGCUGGAUCCUGGGGUAUUAUCCAGCGUUCAGUGCCAAGAGAAAUAUCAGUCUUCUGAUAGCUUUUUUUCGGCAAAAGAAAUCGUCUUCUUCACCAAAUGUUUUAUUUCAUGUUGUGUUUGCCUUGUCAGAUAAUACGAAUGGGUGUUUAACCCACUUUGUCUUUGUUGGAUCCAAGUUCAGACGCACAAUUUGUGUAGGCCGGAGAAUUGCAAUCCCCUUUCCCUACGCUGUGCUAGGUCUACAUUUUGUCACUCAGGCCCAGAUUGGCUGCUUUUAGUCAGUUGGUAGGUGAUUAACUCAAUGUGCGCCUGCGUCUAUGACUUUCCCUUAUAAAAGAGGUGCAGUGCAUGAUGGGAAACAUUGCAUCCAGAAAUCUGAAAGAUUAAUGAAAUGCAUCUUCCCCUCUUUCCUGAAUUUCUGGGCUCUAGAGCUUAUUUUUCUUCAUUUUGGGCGGUCGUGGGAUAGAGAAUUAAACAGCUGUUUAUAAACCAUUGUGGUGUAUGGACCACAAGCUGUUCGGAAACAGAAUUUAUUAGAGCUGAGCGCUGCUGUCUGGACCAGGGGAUUGUAGUGGAGGUCAGUCCUGGGGGGCUGCGGCACAGAUGGACCAGAGUCAAUGAUUGUGUCUAGUUUACUGUCCAUGGGGGUUCUUUACUAAACCAGAAAAUAUGAGGGAUUCAAAAUGGAAUUACAAAUGCUGUUCCUAAACAGCUGCAUUUGAAAAUUCUCCAACUCUAUUUAUUUAGUCCAUUUAUUUUGCCCUAUAAUUUGCAAUUUCCAACAGAAAUCCUGAUUUUAUUGAGUAAAACCUCUUGCGUUUUGGGACCUUACCAAUGAUUUUCUUAAGUAAAAGGUAGUAGAGGCAUGGAACAGCCCUUCAGCAGAGGUUUUAUAUGUUUUGGUUGUGGUUAAUUCUGCAAUAUGAGGCAAGCUGAAGGAUACAUUGUGUUCUCCCUGAAACAUGACAGGAUAUUUUCUUUACACCCAGGUGCUAUGUAAUUAUGGAAAUUGUAACCUUUAAAAAUUGCUGAACGGGCUCCAUUUUGUGAGUUAUUUAUUAGUCUGGUCCUUGGGGACCGACCCUGCCACCCUGCACGAGGGUAUUGUGUGUGGUAACAUUAAUCUCUGCUCAGAGGGCACAUUAGUCUCCUAGGGAUUGGAUCACAGAAAUCCCAAUGCUUUGCUUGGAUGUAAAUUAGUUUAAAGUUACAGCAAAUCUUAAAGGGUCAGUUCAUGGUAAACUGUUCAUUGAUUUGGAUCUCUGGUUUGGAGCACAGAGGAGAAUAUGUCACUAAGGUAUUUCUUCAUUCUAAUCCCAGUACAACUCUUUAGGGGUGAUAGCCCCUUACCUCCUCAGGAUUGUCUGAUUUUCUCUCGUUUUACAUCUCACACCUCCAGAUUUCUUUCUUCUGCCGCUGUCUGGGUUUGCAAUGGAAACCUGGGUUACUAUAUGUAUUCUUAGUAGGCAGAAUGGUAGCUUCCAUGGGGGAAGGGGGAGGCACAUAAUGUCUUCUGCAUGUGACUACCCUGAAAAAACACGUGCUGAUAGGUGGCAGGUGUGAGGCAUGGGUACUGCAGGGAGGUGAGCGUGUUGUUUCUGAGAAACCUGGGGUACCAUGUGUUGACUAUGGUUUUUGAGGGCCCAGAUGAAGGCAGAGUGUGAUCUGUGUGUGAGUAACAUAUAUUAUCACGACCUGUUGAAUAGGACAAUGCCUAUGUGGGUGUAGAAAGCUACAGAUAGCACAGUUUGUGGCAAAAACCUGGAUUGGCAUGUCCUGUUAAGUGGCAUUGUGCUGUCUUUGUGAACCUAUGUGUGUAUCAGAGAUACAGAUAGGACAGUCUGCAUGGCAGAAACCUCAUUGCCAUGUGCUCUUGCAGUGGUGGCACAGAGGAAGGUACGAUGUAGUCUGUGUAUGAGGAAUGCCUGUUGUGCGGCAUGAUGUUAAAUGGCAGCAUGCCGCUGUUGGCACAGCAGGGGGCAGAACGUGAUAUGUGUGGGAGAGGGUUUUGACCAUUGAUGUGUACUGAGAAUAUUCAAUUUCACAGCUAAAGACGCCUUGGAGAGGCAGCUCUUUAAAUUGCUAGUCAGCAGGUAUCAUCUGCCAUGCAUGUUAGUGGGCAUCGCUGGGUAAUAUUAGCAUGGAAAUUGGCGCUUAAGCCACACACUCAUCAUUUAGAUGGAUUGCCAUCUCUACAAGCCCAUCAGUUGUUAAGGGGAGGUAUGAGAAGGCCGAAGCCUGUCAAAAUGUAUUCUUUCUAUUGCAGCGCCAACAACAGAGCUGGAAAUAAGAAGUGGGGCUCCUGGGGGGAAACACACCCCAUUUUACAGGCCGCCCCUCUAUUUUCCCUUGAUUCUUGUUACUCAAGAAAUUCUCAGCAAGCGCCCAGGGUAUAUCCAGAAACCCAUUAUAGCUGAUAUUAUGAAGUGAUCACAAUAUGUAUUCUGCAGUAUACACAGUGAUGUAUAAACUGCCUUAUAGCCACACUCCCUCCAGCCACUGUGAUUGAAUACAAAUGGGCUCAUACGGCAAUUUGUAUAAUUUUAUGGGAUAAAAUAUUCCAGACCAAUUUAUAACCUCAAAGGAGACACCGGGAAAAUGCUGAAUAUGAAAAUAGCUGAAGAGAGAUGGCAAGUUUACAUAACCAGUUCACUUACUGAGACUUUUAAGACAGGGACAUUAAAGGAAUGCUCUUAAAUCUGUGUGUAAUAAAUAUGUAGAAAUAUUAUACUGCUAUGCUUACAGUACCUGUACUGCAAAAAAUUAACAACUGCAGAGCGGUACAUCCCAACCUAUGAGGUCUCUGAAACAGUUUCCGUCUUCAAAACAAAUUAAUGAAAUGCCGUAUUUUAAGAUUUUGAUUUAUUACCUAACUCCUGUCUCUUUUUCUAAAUCCAUUUUCUAGUAGUCACUGCUUAAUUUUAUAUACAUUUUAAUCCUGUAGUUGGGAUAUAGGAAGAAUGUGCACCAUAUCUGAAGAGCUUGCAGUCUAAUGGCAACAUUUUGGGUUUCUGCAGUAGUCCAUUGAAUUUGUUAAUGCAAAGUUUCUUCUGUAAUUUCGUGAUUAGCAGAUCAAUGGCAGCUGACAGUUGGACAGUAGCUUAUGUGUAAAAUGUAUUCCCCUCCCUGACAAGGUCCUGUACUUGCUAUGUAUUUCUGGCGUGUUACCCUGGGAGCUGGCUGGUUGUUACGUUCUCGGAUAGAUGUCCAUUGGAGUAGACAGAAAUCUAGCUUUGUAUAAAGGGUGGUCCCUGGGCCUUGCAAGUUAGUAGUAUCACAACAGCUAGAGGGCCUUGGAUUUGCUAAACUUGGAUGUCUUUGUUUGUUAGAUGUUCUCAAUGAAAACCAUGAUUAAGGGUGCAAAAUUGCCCUUUGCUUGACAAGUUACAAGUGAAUUGUUCUUGUUUUUUUUGUUUUGUUUUUGUGUGUGUGCCAUUUUAAGAACAGUAGUAAGAGCAGUGUGCAUUUUUUGGGCUUCUCACCUCCAAGCAUGGUGUAAGUGGCAUAAUACAGGGCACCAUUUGCAUGUAUUCUGCGUUCUAGCGUUCGCACGGAGCUGUGUAAGAGCAGAGCGACAGGUGCGUGCAGCAUAGAAAGUACAAACCGAUCUUGCUCUUGACGCUCCAUCUGCUACACCACCAGGGAACGAGAGAAAGGUGAUCGAUCUGAAGGCAGCCUGGGCCGUCAGUCUAGCACAGCAGGUGGUCCUGGGAGUGAGGGGUUUAGCCUUGGCUGUCUACUACAAAACGGCAAACCUUUAUUCAUUUAUAAAUAUAUUACUGCUCCAUUAUAAGUGUCCAUUCCUCCCCCCCCCCCUCCAUUAUUUUCUCUCUCAUUUAAUUUUCCUUCUUCCAUUUCAGCUCACAGUCUUCCUUCUUCCAUUUGUCCUUUCUCCCUACACCCUCUCUUAUCUGCUAAUUGCCCCCGUUACUACUUCAUUCCUUUCCUAACUUGCCCAGUGCUCCCUCCCGCUCAUACAUUUCUUUUCUGCCAAGUGCCGCCAGUUCUCCUUCCUUCUUACACUCCCCUCUCCCCUGUCCAGUGCUCAAUGUCCCAUAUCACCAUCUUCCUUACGUUCCUGUCUCUUUUAUCCAGGGUACCAUCUUGCAAUUUCUCCUUACUUCCCUCACAUUAUCCAUUUCCUCCCACUCUUAUUCGCCUUUUUAUUUCCAAUUUUUGCUGCCCACUGAACCCCCAAUAAAACAAUAUCUUGUAAAACUCAGAGCAUUCCAUGUAAGAGCAAAGUGUCACGGAUAAUUGCCCCAUUUUGUGUAUUUUAUCUUCCAUCUUCCUGCACUGCCCUCAAUUCUCCAGCAAUCUUACACCGUGGCCUGAGUGGUGGGCGCCGCUGUGUGUCAGAUGUCAAAGGUCAGCAGCGCUCAGACCACUUCAGCUGAUGUUCCUGUCCUAAACUAUUCCCUUGCUGGUCACUCAGACUCACAGCUGCCUUCCUGACGCAUUGUCCGCCUAAUACACGCUCAAUUAUUAAUGUGCAGAGCGGAGGAGAGCAUCGGGAUCCAUGUGUGGAUCAUUUUCGGUAUCUCUCAUUAGGAGCCAGGUUUCUACUACCUCGCACACACAAGCUAUUUAAUAAAGCAGUAUCACAUACCCUCCCGGUGUUUCGAAUCUCACACUAAUACCAAAUGUGUUAAACAUGUCCUUCACGUGCACGAACGCUCCUUGUCCUGUUACUAUCUUAUUCAUAGCUUCCAUUUGGGCACUUCUUUACGAGCUCUAUACCCAGGUGCCCCAGUCUUUAUUAACAUGCCAGCUUUUAUACUUGGUUUAUGCCGCAUUACCUGUCUGUGUAUAAAUGCCUGCUGGAAUCCUGUUACACCUGUUGGAGUAAUACCUGAUUACACCUGAGUGUACACCUGCUUGUGUUAUAGCGGGGCAUAUCUCUUUGUGUAUACCUUCUAUCCAGAAAUCACUCUCUUUGUAUUCACUCAGUUACACUAGUCUGCAAAUACACCUGCUGCCUUACACAAAGUUAUUCAGUAUAUACAUACUGACUUCAUCCCUGGUUAGUGGUUACACCUGUUUAUGCAUUUGUUGGCGUUCUAAUUAUACCUGUCCAUGUAUACAUGUGCUGGAGUUUCAUCCAGUUGUUUUUGUGUAUAUAUACAUGUGCUUGCCAUAUACCCAAUUAUAUACAUCUGUGAAUAAACGUUCUGGUUUAGUAUCCAGAUAUACCUGUCAGUGUAUACAUCUGCUGGCCUUAUAUCCUGAUUAUGUCUGUGUAUAUAUGUGCUGGCGUUAUAUCCCGAUUUAUACCUGUCUGUGUAUACACAUGCUGGCGUUAUAUCCCAGUUAUACCUGUCUGUGUAUACACGUGCUGGCGUUAUAUCCCAGUUAUACCUGUCUGUGUAUACACAUGCUGGCCUUAUAUCCCAGUUAUACCUGUCUGUGUAUACAUGUGCUGGAGUUUCAUCCAGUUGUUCUUGUGUAUAUAUACAUGUGCUUGCCAUGUACCCAAUUAUAUCCAUCUGUGAAUAAACGUUCUGGUUUAGUAUCCAGAUAUACCUGUCUGUGUAUACACGUGCUGGCCUUAUAUCCCAGUUAUACCUGUCUGUGUAUACAUGUGCUGGCUGUAUACUCAUCUAUUCAUAUACACAUGCUGACCUUAUGCACAGUUGGCAAUAAAAUUACCACUAUAGAUACCGCACUCUCCUAGAUCCCAGGGUGCAACCGGGCCUGAUGUUGGCCAAUCCUCACAAUGUGAUUUGCAUUUGCACAUGUUGGUUUUGUGUCCAGUUAUACCUGUCUGUGUAUACCCGUGCUGGUCCUAUCGCCAGGUAUACCACAUCUGUGUGAUGUCUGUGUAUACACCUGCUUCCAUUUUACCUGGUUGUACCUGUCUCUAUGAACAUCUGCUUGAUUUACACCCCAUUAUACUUGCUUUCAGGUGAAAUGAUUUUUUUCUUAUUUAAUGUCCCCUUAUCUCUCUUCAUGUCCUUAAUGUAUUCUCAAGCUCCCCCCCCCCCCCAAAUCCCUCUCUGUCUCUGCUUUGUUGAGCUAUUUCCCUGCCAAAACUCUGCCCCUGUUCUGUCAUUAUGCUUUUCCCCCUGCCUCGUUCCUAACUGCUUCCAUUUUCCCUGCCGUGUACAGCUGUGUGCCUGCCGGCUUAAAUUAGUCCCAUUGAAAAGACUGUACGGGCAGGAGGAGCUGGAGGCUGGUGUGACGGCUCGCUGGAGCAAUCUCAGUGGAUUUGGUCUCUGGGAAGAAAGACAGAACCUCUCAGACCGUGUAACACAGCCGCACGUACUGCCACGGGCCUGUAACCCUUUCUUGCUUCGUGGACCUGGUGGCCAUGAGCUGCUGUUGUCAUUUUGCCAGUCUGUGUGGUUGAACACAAGCCUUGUUUCUCUAAAAGACCUUGCUGGCUGUGUGCACCGGCCUCACCCUGGUUUUAAUUAAGCCUUUCUCCUUCGCUUUGGAUGUCGCAUUGAACAUGCCAGCCACUGAUUAGAUUGUUACUGUUCAAACCCCCUCUGUCUCUCAUUAACUUGACUUAAUUAUAUUAGUGAUGAAAUCACAGUGAUGUUCUGGGCGGCUGCUGACAAAGUUUAUGCACUGCAGAAGGCCCCAGGCAUUUCAGACUAUGUUACAUCAGAGAGCCCAUGCCCCCUGACACCCAGCCCAUUGCUGCUCCCCGGAGGCAAUGUCAGCGACGUGGUACCGUGUUCUCCGAAGCUGCUCUAGAUAUGUCAUGGCGGUGGCUCUAGGCUUGCUCCGUGCGCCAUGUCCCUUGUCACUAAUGCUGUCGUCAUUAUGAUUCUUGGCUGUGCUGGGCCCUGCUCAGACCUUCUGUUCUCUGUAUAAUGAGGUGUGAGCUGCUUGUGGCCCCCUCUAGGCUUUUAUUAAGGGGGCAGAAGCUGGGAUUUGCUUCAUAUAUUGCCUUCGCUGAAUGUUUACAUAUUCUGUAUCAAGCCACGGUCUUCAGAAACCGCAUUUAUUUGCCAUCUAUGUACAUUCGAUAUGCAGACAUUGCUCUCGUGGUAAGUAUCAAAGUCACAGCAAACCUCAAAAUAGCAGUUAAGUAGACUUGCUCUGCCACUUGUCGAGAUAGGCAAGUCUUCCAGUGACUCCUGGAUGGGUUAUAUCUGCUGUAUAUCUAGCUUUAUGUACAAUACUAAGUGGGUUUUUGUUUCUUUUUCUUUCCUGAGACUUUAAUAUAAUUCGUCAUAAUUUGCUAGUAGGAGUAAAAGAGGUUUCUGCAGCUGGCUAAAGAUAGAGGAAUCCCUCGAGAUGGAAAUGAUCUGUAAUCCAGUUCUUCUGAUCCUCUAAAAGUUGAAUUAUGACAUUCGGUUUCCCUGAUAGGCAAAGGAAAGUCAGAGCUCUGUGUGCAGCAGCUGCCAAGGGAGAGAAGGCCCUGAUCUCUUGGCUGUGACACACCAAAGAGCAUCACCUGUCCACCGCCGUGUGCUCAGCCUGUCAUUGUAAGUGAUUUGUACAAGGCAGAAGUAGGUGCAUAAAGUUAUAGCUUAAUUACCAUAAAUUGGGCCCUCUCACUAAAAAAAACUCCACCAGCCUGAAGCUGAGUGCCGCUGACAGCUGGUUUUUGUAACACUUUGCCAGCCACGAGGCUCCCUACAUGCAAGUUUAGCAAUAAUCCUCGCGUUCACUGGAUCUCUUACUCUGCUCUGUACCUAGGGCAGAAUUUCGAAGCGGACUGAGUUGGCACCUGAAACAUGCACAUGACUCAUUGGGUCAACUAUAUUAGGUUCAUCAUCUGUAUCAAUCGAUGAGGAAGCUGCGGUGAAAUGCGUUGUGUACACUUAAAGCCUUUUCAUAUUUGUUUCAAUAGUUUUUUCCCUUUAUAGGCUUACUUGCCAUAAGUAAUAUAUAUAUUUUAGAAUAAAAUACGCUUUAAAUAGCCCUUUGCCUACUGCUCCAGUCUUAUAAAGCAAGGGAGUGUUAUCCCUAUUAACACAGAGCUGUUAUAUCACGAGCCGAAUUCUGUGGCUUCAUCCAUGUGAGUUUAUCCUUAUACCUACAUUUGGUUUGCUCUCCUGUUACCAUCUGCACUAUUGGUAUUUUUUAUUUGUUUGAGGAUCUCCCCCCCCCCAAGUGUUCGCACUACAUUAAUCGAUAUAGUACAUUCAUUCAUCCAAGCAUUGUCACAUUCAUACUUUUUAAUAGCCAGAAAACAUGCACUGUACACUACCUUCAUGCAGUUACAUGUAUAUUUACUUGAAUAUAUACAUUUGCUCAUUUAUGCGCUGCCCCAUACCCACCAGACACUGUCUUUUUCCUACCCUGCAUUGUACCUACCAGACUCCAUGCCUUUCCCUGGAAUAGCCAGACAGACUCACGUACCAACCAGACACUUUCUCCUGCUUUUAUACUCGCUAUACACUCUCUGCUCGCCAGGCACUGAUUCUCUCCUACCCUGCUCUGGACCUACAAGGCACUUUCCCCAGGUCUGCUCUUCACGCACUAGGCACUGUCUCUCCUGCCUUGCGGUGUAUCCAUCAUAGAUUGUUUUCUCUCUUACACUGCACGGUAUGUGCCAUUGGCUGUUUCUAUGCCACUUUUAUGUGUUACAUGAUGUCUGCCAUUUCUGCGGAAUGUUUUUAUCCGAUAGUGUGAGCUUGUUUGAGCAGGGCCUUCUUCACCUCUUGUCUAAAUAUUCUGUAUGUGAAAUACUAGUUGUCAAAUAUUCCCAUUCUUUAAUUGUAAAGCGCUACAGAAUAUGUCAACGCUAUAUAAAUUAUAACACAGAUUUGCUAACACACUCCUGCAACUGCAAAACAAAGACCUGAGCCGCGUUUCUCCACCAGUUCCAUAUUCCCAGCCAGAAUAGAUUGUGUGACAAGCACUUGUUUAAUGAUCAGGUAGCGCUUUGUUAACGUUCUCAUUGAGUAUGUGAUCGCCCUUGCCUGUUUUUCCAAUUUGAUGCCUGUUCUGAUUAUCACACUAAUCCCUGAAAUGCUCGGUAGGACUGAUAAUAAAAAGGUUUGAUUCAGGAGAUAACGUGCAGGGACACAUUGUGGCCAUCACGGAGAAUGCUGUGAUCUUUACAGGCUGCUGUGAUUGUUUUCCUGCUGGGAGAGGCACUGACCUCUGCCACUGUUGGCUUGACCUUUGGCAACUGUUACUCUGCAUCUGUCCCUAUGGUGGAAAGCUAGGGUCCUGGCCUUGCAAGAUAGAGCAUAUUACUGACAUAAACCUCCUGUCUGCCAUAUGCCAUCACGUAUGUUUGUGUCCUUCACAAGGACAGGCUCCUCUUUGUAUAUCAGACAGUCAACCUGCCCAGAUUGGGACACAGACUAGGCAAUAAAUUGUACAAAAACUGUUAGAACAAAUCGGUGGUUCUCAUUGACAGAUUCUAAUGAACAUUAUCAGGACAGGCUCAGACAGCGCUGGGUUUAUAUCUAAUGUAUGGGAUCUAACUGUACAUUAUCAGAACAAGCUCAGACAAAACGGAGUUUAUAUCUAAUGUAGGGAAUCUUGAAUGCACAUCACAAGGACAGGUUCAGACAGAACUGGGUGUAUAUCUAAUGUAGGAAGUCUGACUGUACAUUAUCAGGACAGGUUCAAGACUGUGCUCAUGCUGUAAUGUAUCAAAAACAGGGCCUCAUAUGAAACAACCAAUAUGUAGGGACCGGAUACUAUGCCAAAUUCAGAACUGUUUGGAGUCUAUUUCAUUGACCUCUGCAAUGGGGCAUUUGUCAAGCUUUACACAAUCAUUUUUUCUGGAGUUACCUAGUAUGUUUAUAUGUCUGUAUCCAUCUGAACGUGUGCACUGUAGGGGGAUCUAAGGCCAUCCUAACUGCACAUGCUCUUUUCUGGUAAGUGUAAUGGCGGUGGUGGCAGAGAAAGGGCAUGUGUUACAAAGAGACUAUGAACAUCACUAAAUGCAUUUGGCUAGCUCGAUAUAUAUCCUAAUUAAUUCUUAGCCCUUUCAGAGCAGAGAUCACAAGAAAACCCAAAUUACAGCUCAAUCUUGCAUGCAGUGUAUUCACUUUUUCAUGUGAGUGGCUGGAGCCAAUCAGACUUUUAGUUUGUGGCUAUUGAACACUAAUCAGGCAAAGGUAACUGAACCACUGGAGUGCUGUGGGAUUCAGUGCAGCCCUGUACAGAUACUUGGUAUUAAUUAUUCAGGACUGUGUGAUAUGGGCUUAAUGAAAACUAGUGACUUCCUUAAAGACGGAUGGGGAAUCUGUAUAAAGAGUAACGUUGAGUGAAUUAUGACACAGCGGUGCAAUCACCACGAAAUUAGAUCUUAAAUUCGUGCAGAUUACACAACAUUGAAGUUCGUGCAGAUUACACAACGCUUUAUACAGCAACCAACAAUGUAGAAUCUUGUGGCUAAGAUGGGGAUAGAUGCAACAAUGAUGCUGUAUUGUUAUAAUAAAAAGAAGAAAGUCAAAAAUUGAAUAUUAGAGGUUACAUUUUAACAAAUUGUUUUAGUGACAAAUGUAGUAUGCCUAGGCAAAACUAGAGGGUUACCUUUCUCCCAAAAACAGAGAAUAUGAGAACUCUGAGACUGGGUAAAAGCUUAGAGAAACUCAGUCGCUUGUUCUUCAGUCAUUCCCGGCUCUGGUCUCAAAAACAAUUAUCAUUUGCCAUUACAAAGAGAACCUAUACCAUUUAAAUAUCAGAAUUAUCCCACCCAUAAGGGCAGUCCAGAUCCGAAUGCCAACAAGUUCUCUUACUGCAACCCAAAUGAUCGUUUCGGCCUUCUGUAGCUGGUGCUCCUCCAGUCACGCUAAGCACGCGGUCCUUACCCACAAACCUGACAACUAUUUGAAAACAUAAUUUGUAGGAAAAGCCAGUUUGAAUGAUCGUUUUCCAGGUUUUUAUAGAGGCUUAUAAAGAACAAUUGGCACCAGUCAGAAUAGUUUAUAACAAUUCAAAACAUUAGAUAUUCCACAAAUGAUUGUUCUUCUCUUUAAACUUCAAUAAAAGCAUUAGAUGAAGGUAAUUCAUUUCUGGGAGUAUCCGGUGUUAUUUUAUUUUGAAUGCUUGUAAAAAUUUUUUUAAAAAAAUAGCAACAAUAAAAAGUAGAUUGAUGUAGCAGACCAGACCUGGGAUAGGUACUCUGCCAUCACAGGCCUGAGAAGAGGGGGCGAGUGGCAUCUGAGCCUAGUGAAUGGAGAAUGUUCCAUCAGAACCUGUUCUGUGAAGGAUAUCUUCACUAACUUUGAAUUGUCUCUUUUACAGUUUGCGUCGAGACGGUUAUACAGUGCAGGUUAACGUGAAUGAUUACUUGGACAUCUACUGUCCGCAUUACAACGAAACCAUGGCGGAACACAAGAUGGAGCAGUACAUCCUGUAUAUGGUGAACUAUGAGGGGUACCGCACCUGUAACAUCAGCCAGGGAUUUAAACGCUGGGAAUGUAACCGGCCGCAUGCCCCACACAACCCUAUCAAAUUUUCGGAGAAGUUUCAACGCUACAGCGCCUUCUCCCUGGGAUAUGAGUUCCAUGCAGGACAUGAAUACUACUACAUCUGUAAGUACCGAAGUACCGGGUAGUUAAGUCGUUUCACAAUGCACAAGCAGUGAUAUUGGGCAUGGAAAAAAAGUGUCUGAUGUUCUCAGACUGGGGACUUUACUCUGGUGUUUCCAUAAAAGGGCCAUCGGAGAGCAACCCAGGGGUGUCUGGCCAGGAGACCGAAUUGUGAGCUAUAGGUUGUUUGAUAUUUGUUUUAGCAGUAAUUUUAUUUAUUUCCCCAUUUUAGCAACGCCAACUCAUAACCACAGACGUUCCUGUCUUAAGAUGAAAGUGUUCGUGUGCUGUGCAACCAGUGAGUAGACAGAUGUUCUCUAUUACAUAGUAUCUGCAUGUGACUGUUGUCUCUUGACUUUUUAUAUUGUCUGUUUGUUAGUGGCUGCCCCUGUUACGUUACCAUACAGAAACCUAAAUGUUACACACUUUGUGAUCAUUGUGUUUGUAUUCUGGGUGCAUGGUAAAAAUACCACGUUUGUGUUUGUACUUUUUUUUUUUUUUUCUUUUCUUUAUAUGCUUGCACAUGGAAAUAGUGUUUGGUAGUUUAGAUUGAUAUUAUAUUUACUUAAAUAAAAUAUAUUUUCAUUGUAAACUAAAUUGAGACUUAUUUGAUGGCAUUAAUUAUUGUGAUCUGUAUAAAUUUUUAGUGAAGUGAGAACCAAAUCGCCAAAAAAUAGCCAUGCUGGUUAUAGCAGAAUUGGAAAUUUUUUCCAAAGAAGUUAAUUUGGCCCAGAUUCUGCAUUUUAUUAAAAGGAACAUUAUAGGGUCAGGAACACAAAAAUGUUUUUCCUAACCCUAUAGUGUUAAACCCACAAUUUAGGUGGCUUGCCCCCCCCCUCUCCCCCCCAGGUCCCCUAGAAUGGGUUAAAACUCAUCUUAUUUUCAGCUCUCCACAGGUCUGCCGGUGUUGGCCCUACCCUCUUGGUGACAUAAUCAGAAUUGCUGAUUUUUAGCCAAUCGGAAAGCAUUGGAUUGGCUAAAAUCUGCAAUUGGGUAGGGCCAAACAGCACCUCCUCAAAGAGAUGCACACUACACACUCUCUGCAUUCACUAUAUACACACACUAAAUACACUACACAAACAAACCCUGUACUCAUUAUAUACACAGUGCAUCCACUACACAAACACACACAGCUCCCCUGUCUAAACACACUGCAUCCACUACAUGUGGCAUGUAUAUUUUGUGCAUUUAACUUUAUAAAUAGUUGUAUUUUUUUCAAAAUGGUAAAUGUACAGAAUAUCGGCAAGUUACCGGCUAUCAGCCUGAAAGUUCACAGAUUAUCGGUAUCUACUCUAAAAAAAAUUUAAAAAAUUGAUAUCGGUCGAUCCCUUAGUAGACACUGCUGUUCUCUGAAAAGGCAGUGUUUACAUGAAAAAGCCUGAAGGCAAUGCUUAUACUCACCAGAACCAACUACAUUAAGCUGUAGUUGUUCUGGUGACUAUAGUGUCCCUUUAAUAACUGCCUUAUUGUGAAGACUAGAUUUGCCCUAUCAGGAUCGCAAAAUUUAAACGGUAUACCCUAGGUUUCAGUUCACACCCAUUUUUAGAUGCAUUAUCACAGGGUGAGUUUAAAAUUUUUAUUUUUUUAAAAAGGCUUUGCCAAAUAAUUUUUUGCAUCAACAUUCUACAGUAAGUAAAACAUUGUAAGUGUGUAACUUAAGAUCAUAAGAUGUGUCUGGCUUGUCCUUUAAGAGGCAAUAUUAAACGUGCGCUUUUUAAAUCUGAUUUCCUCUCUCUCUGAUUGCAGCUGCACAUUCAGGAGAGAAACACUCCCCCACACUGCCUCAGUUCACGAUAGGACCUGAAGUGAAGAUUGAGGACCUCGGUGAGUAGCUCUGAUUGUGUGGUGUUGCAGCUCCCUCUUGUGUACUCAUUUGGAAUUACCAACUGGAAAAUAUUUCUGAUACUAAACAAGGAUAGCAAAGCUCCAUGUGAAAUAUAGACAGCAAAGGUCUUCAUAACUUGAAAAAAAAUAUAUAUUAUUUAUAUCAUUAGCAGUCACCAUAAUGUGCAUAAUUAGUAUUUAUAAUGCAUACAUUGAGUUAAGAUGGUAUUGUUAUAAUUUAUAUAGCACCAACAUGUUCCACAGCGCCUUACAAUUGUAAAAUGGGGUUAAUUGACAAGUAAUUUACAUAUAGAAUAGAACAGAGGCAAGAGGUGAAGGCCCUGCUCAAAUGAGAUUAAGAUCUAUUAAAUGGUAACACCAUGUCCUGAUGUGUUACUCUGCCAAGAGCUCGCAUCACUAAUGUACUCUGUCAGCCGUGGGUGAUCAUGCAAGGCUGGAUAAUUCUUCCACAAUCUCACAACUAACAUCACGUUUGUGUGAAAUGGCACAAUGUAGAGGCAGAUAUUGCUUGAAGCUCUGUGCUUUGCAUACCCAGAUCUUUACAACAGGUUACAUUCCUGCAAUGGGUGCUGCAGGGUCAGCAAAAUAAACUGUGUUUAGUGUUCUUGUCUCCCCUAAAGCCUAUUGAUAUUCAAUGGAUCCAUGCAGACAAUCAUGGAUAUCAGAUAAGAUACAUGAUAGCCUAUGGUACAGUUUUGGGGUUCUGUUUUUUCUCCCUAUAAGAAGAAAAAAAAAAAAUUUGUAUUUUUUUUGGUUCUUUCCUUUCUUAAAGAUCUUUGCCAUAAUUUCCACUUUUUGUGAGUAGAAUCUCUAGUGGUCCUGUGGUUAGAUAGUACCACUGCCUACAGAGGGAGUAUUGAUAAAAACUAAGUGUGGCUGGCUGCCUGCAGAAAUGGAGGUGUUGCCACUGAUGAUACUGCAGAUGAACAGUGUUGAGUGGAGGAAGGAAUCAGCCAGACUUUGUGCAUAGUCCUGAGAUUCAAUGUGAGUGGAGAGACUGAGGAGAUAACGCACUAGUGGAGCCAUGGAGACCGAGCAGAAGGGAAUGCAAUGUGUUCAACUCCUGGUCAAACACUCGGGUAUAACUGGCAGAGCUCAGAGAGGGAGGGGUGUGAGGAGACUCUGAAUGUUGUGGGUGUGUGAGUGGGUUGUUUAUUUUUCCUUUGUUAUUCUCUUCAUUUUGCAAAAGCAUAAAUUUCAAUAGAAACUGUCACAUUUAUUAAUUAACUUAAUUUAUUUCUAAAAUAUUUUACCAGGAAAGAUACAUUGAGAUUUCUCUCGUUUUCAUGUAUGUACUUUACUAUAUCUCCUGGCUUUCAUAUAGGUGUUAGGUCCUGUUAGUUCAUAGUACGGUUAGUUUAUUUGCACUGAACUCGAGGUAACCAUUCCCCAGAACACCUGCUUUGCAAAGACUUCUCAUUGAGCUGCAUUGGGAAGUCUGUGAUUGGACAGCCACAGAAAGCCAGGGCUGGGGAAAAGAUAAGUAGGACUUAUCUAUAGCAUGAGGAAUACAUGUUUGUAUACUUAACAUUAUAGUGUUCAUUUAAAAAAAUUAAAAUUAAAAAGAGUAAUAGAAAUAUAAGUGAGGCAGACUGGAGAGAAUAUCUUUAUUUUUGUUCUGCAUGCCUCAUAUAGAAGUGAACAUUUCGUAUUCUGUUGUCUAAAGCAGGAGGGUAGGCUUUGGGUACAAUGGGAAACCAAAGAGUUGUUUUGAAAACAAGGAAUAAAUUAGACCAACGUGGAGUGCAGGAAAGGAGAAGAGCUGCAGUCUAAAAAUAGGAAAAACCUAGACCCUAUCACAAGGAGAUAUAAACAGAAUAGAAUAAAAGACUGCGUUACAAACUAGAAAUCCACAACGUUCUAUAUUUUCCAUAGACAUUUGCUGGUUUCUAGCACAGUCUUUUCUUAUAUUUAAUUUUUUUUAAAAACAACUUUAAAAUAGAGUGAGGGUUCCAACUACCUGGCUACCAGCAAACGUGCUCCGUCAGUAAUAAUUCUGUUUUGAGACCACGUAGACUUGUUGUGAUGAGCUAAAUUCUUAAUGUGGCUCAUCCUUUCAGUUGACCUGUGACCAAUAUCAGCCUGUCCGGUUCUGGUUCCCACAAAAAUGAAGAAUGUUCAUAGAUGUUCUUAGCUCAGGGAUAUUAUCCAUUUUCUCUACAUAGGUUUCAAUUAGAUCCAUAUAAGACCUGUUUCGGUGCAGUCAGGCAAUGCUACUGGAUUGUUUCGGUUUUCCCUGCAUGGUCUCCUGGAGGGUGACUGCAGAAACUGGCUUUCUGUGGGUUGCGCUAUAUUGCAUGCAACCUAGAGGAUGCUAUCAUUUGGUCCCUGCAAGAAUAGCUCAUAGUCUUAGUCUCUUUGAUUCUUUUAAUAAAGAAGUUACUUGGCUGUAAUAAACUUAGAGGUUUAAAACUGUAUGGAACAGACCUAGCUUGUGCCUUCCUGAGAGUCCUGCUCAAUCUUGUUCUCUCUUAUCCUCCUCUCUAUAUGAGGAUUUCAAAGCACAAUAACAAAAGGGUUUCUAUAUUAUAAGCAAAGCUUUUUGUUUUUACAAACGGAAUACAUUUUUGUAUUCUGAUGUUCACGGUAUUAACUUUUUGAGUGGAGAUGCUUUCAGAUUUCCACUUCAGCUGAUCGCACAGGAAAUGUCCACCACAUAGGUGGUGGUGGUAAUUUUUACUCUAGCAGAAUCUGUUCUGAAGUUAGUAUCCCAAAUGGAUCUUUUCCAGUUACACCCAGCCGCUUCACUCCAUGUAUCUCAGUAACUAACAAUCUGUUUCCUUCCUUUCAGAUAACUUCAAGCCUGAGAUCCCCAAAUUAGAGAAGAGCAUUAGUGGAACAAGUCCCAAAAGGGAACAUUUGCAUCUCACAGUGGCAGUGUCUCUUCUCCUAAUGACACUGCUAGCAUCCUAG